CGUGCACUGUUAUUUAACUGACCCCACUAACACUGUUGUUGACAACUACUCUGGUUAUAUUCUCUUCUUGUCCACAAAUGUAAUGAUUAAUGAUAAUGUCAGUGAUAUACUAUCUGAGUUUUACAACACCUCUACCUGCCUAAAUAUUUUACAUCUCCCAUCAGUGCACUUUAGGGAUCAGCUGUAAAGUUAUUACAGAAAACACACAGAAUCUGGAGCCAUGAAAACCAUUAUAGCUGCUUACUCCAAAGACCUUCGUGGUAAGUCUUGUUUUUAAUCUCCAAUUUAUAUAAUUUCAACAGGUCAUUACAUAAGGAUGGCAAAUCAACUAGAGCACCAUAUGUAAUAAUUGUGCUAUCUUCCUGCAUCAGAUUCACAGAUAUAAAUUAAUAAAUAUAUAUAUAUAUAUAUAUAUAUAUAUAUAUAUAUAUAUAUAUAUAUAUAUAUAUAUAUAUGUAUGUGUGUGUGUUUAUAAGAGGAGCACGCACACACACACAUGCACAUACACAAAUAUAUAUAUAUAAAAUUAUAUUGUGUGUGUGUGUGUAUAUAUAUAUAUAUAUAUAUAUAUAUAUAUAUAUAGAUAGAUAGAUAUAGUAGAAAGGACUGCACUCUUGAACUGAUGAAAGCUCCAUGUGGGGGCUGAAAUGUUGACUUUUAUAUGGAUUAAAUAAAAGUUAAAUUUUAUUUGAAAACUAUCACAAAGGCCUUGGAGUGCAGUCCUUUCUAAUAUAUCUACAUGAUUUUGCCAGACCUGCACCGGGCAUUAAGAAUUUAACCAGGAGUGCAAGCCCUUGUUACAUAUAUAUAUAUAAAAUGUAUGUAUAGAUAGACGGUGGUGUUUAUUCCAAGGGAUAGUUCUAGGGACAGUUUGGAUAUGCUCACCUUAUUUGGACCCACUAUAUUCAAUAAAUGAUAUUCGAUGUUAUGGAUGCUCUUAGGGAGGUUUAAGGCAGAUAUUGUCAAUGAAGAACCUGUUUUUGAUUACAUAAAAAAGGCCGAUGGAGAGAUAUUACUUUGUGCUGUGUAUUUUAGGGAGCAGGCUGAGUCUACGCCCUCUACUUCGCUCAAUAUCUGCUGCUUCAACAAUUCCACAACACCAUUUACGCACAUUUUUGCAGUUAUUGUCUGUUCUCCAAUGGAUCUUUUCUUUUCUAGUGAUGGGUAAGUACAUAAAAUUAAUGUCUGGGUGUUAUUACAAAGAAUGAAAAAGAACCUUUUAUAGUAUUCGAAUUUUACUUGUAUUAAUAGUUUACUUUAUUUACUGUAUUUUCUUGCUUGCUAACUAUUUAGUAUAAGUAAUAUAAUUUAAAUAUGUUUAAUUUUUAAAAGAGACUCAUUUUGUUCAUCCUCUCUUUAUAAACCCUUGGGUACUGGUGUGCAAAAACGUGUAGUAUUACAAUAUAAGAACAAGUAGGGAAGUUAGCAGGCUCAAAGCAGAGUGUCUGUAGGAGUCAGCCAUUUUCUCGAAGUAGUUAUGGUGUCAUGCAGGGGAAAAGAUUGAUUAGAAUUGGGACACCGAUUGGAGGGAGGUAGAGGGGGCAUGCCAGUGAUUCAAUUAGCUUCUCCCCAAAGGGAUAGACUCUUCCAUAAGGGAGGUGGGUCCACCUGAGUAAACGGCAGUUCAGCCUGGCUUGAAUGCAUGCCAGGUUGCCUGCCAAUCAUUGAGACCAGCCCAGGUGGUUACAUAAGGAUGGCAUAUCGACUAGAGCACCAUAUGUAAUAAUUGAGCACACUAGGACUGCAGGAAGCUAUGCUAUGAUUGUUGAAGAAAGUUCUCUGGUGUCCCAAAACAUUAGACACAAGUGGACCAAGGCAGGGUGGUGGGAUAGUACCCCAAAAUCGCACAAGAAGGCGUAUUCUUGUUUUUUUAAGCCCACACUUAAUGCGUGAGCAUAGUUGGGCUUUUAUUUGCCUUCUUUGACGGAAGAUAAUAUUGUUGAUGUGCUUCAUUUAUCUACUUCUCUUUAUCACUGUUUUCCCUGCCAAUCUUCAUUUGCCCGAUUUAUAUUAGAUUUUUCUUUCUAUUGUGGUUAUAUGUCAUAUCUUUUUUUUUUUCCCAAUGGAAAGGUAUUAAAAAUGGAGAUGAACUCCAGUAUUUUCUCUCUAAGUUAUUUGUUCAGAAUGUACAAUGCGGUUUAAAUUUCAGACACAUUGAGCAAUGCUUUGGUGACCUUGCUUUUGUUUAUAGUGAGGGUUUUCUAUGCUUUUUCUCUUUUUAAUUGAUUUUUUAGCUUAUGAAAAAUGUUCUUCUUGAAAACCAGUAAUUGCCAAUAGAUAAUAAUGUAUUACAAGUCCUUAGAGAUUUCCAUGUGUAAAGAAAUACCCCAAGCACCAUAACUACUACAGCACACUGUAGUGGUUAUGGUGUCAGGAGUGUCAUUGCAUCCCUCCAUUGUAAGCAAUCAUUUUUAGAACUAUUUGACUUUGGGUUGCUUGAUGCCACUCCUUUAAUGCUGACAUCAGAGGGGAGAAGCGGAGGCGGAACCUGAACCAGCGCUGAGGGACAUCGGCGUUGGCAUCAGGUAAGGGACAGAAGAUUGUUUGGUUAUUUUAAUUCUUUAUUUCUUGUUGUGCAAAAGUUAACAAAAGGGCCGACAAUGUCACGAUAGCAUAUGCAAGCACGGUAGCAGCCAACAGAGGUUUACACAUACAUAGCAAUGGGUUAUGAGCACAAUUUUGUAUAGGACAACAAAGGAUUACAAGGUAGGUAAACAUGUCUAAAUGAGAAAAACACAUGGCUGAUACUCAGACAUAGAAUUUACGCAAGCCUAGAGAUUCAUGGUUGGUAUAUUAAACAUGUUAUUAGCGAGAGUAUGCUUUGCAAUGUUAAAUAGUAGACUGUGCGAAUAUGGGGAACACACUAGGUAAAAUGGAAGGUGAAAUAUAAUGAUAAUGCUCUAAUGGAGGGGGACACUCUGGUGUGGUGCGCUGCGGCUGGAUAGUGAGGUAAAGGCCAAAGCGUGUGAAAAGGACAGAAACUGAGGCAAAUUAGUACCAAAAUUAAAAUACAAUACAACACUGCUGAUCAUGCAGCCGUCCAGGCUGUGUCAUGGAGCUUGAGCGAAAGUCCCAGUCCUCCAGGUGUCACCUUCGAAGAGUCAGCCUAUUCCAGAGACCGGUAAAUUUGUAACAGGCUGCUAUCUACUUUUGGACAUAUAUAUAUAUAUAUAUACAGAAAUCGAAGUGAUGGUCCACACUCAUGGUCUUCUUAAAACUUAACUUUUAUUGCUUACAUAAAAGUACAAAUUAUGUUGCCAUAUUGCGUCAAUGUUUCAGUCGCAGUUCGGGACUUUCCUCAGGACAGCAUGCUUCAAUUUCUGUGUAUAGAUGACCCUGACCCGGCACCCGGCAUUUAAAGCACAACAUAACGUUAAGCCUGAAGUGCAAGGAAACUUUGGAUAUAUAUAUAUAUAUAUAUAUAUAUAUAAAGUCUUAUUGUCUCCUUGCACACACACUUCAAUGUGGAUUUCUGCCUGGUGCUGUCAAGCCAAUGCCAUAAUAUACACAAAUAUAGGGAACAAGAGGCAAGCACUCACGGUCUUUUGGUUUCUUUAAAACGAUUUUCCUUUUAUUUCAUUGCUUAAAACUUGAUCGACGUUUCAGCCACAGUACAUGGCUUUCAUCAGGAUCUUUACAGCUGUAAAGAUCCUGAUGAAAGCCAUGUACUGUGGCUGAAACGUCGAUCAAGUUUUAAGCAAUGAAAUAAAAGGAAAAUCGUUUUAAAGAAACCAAAAGACCGUGAGUGCUUGCCUCUUGUUCCCUAUAUUUGUAUAUAUAUAUAUAUAUAUAUAUAUAUAUAUAUAUAUAUAUAUAUAAAUAAAAUAGUAAAACAAUCAACUAAGACAUACUGACAAAACAAAAGAGAUACAGGAGACAAGAGACUUACAAGAGAUUGGUAAUAAUACUAAAACAACGUUUUUGAGGUAUUUUGGUUCCUGCAAUGUCUAGUUCAUAUAUCCUUGAUAUCCACCUAACCUAAGUGGUUUUAGAUUUUAGGGAGUGAGAGUACAGGGGGAGCCUAAGAAUUCUGUGCCUAGAGGCACCCGAGAUUUAAGUCUGGCUCUGUAGAUAGAGCCUAAUAGAUGAUAGUAGAACUAUUCGUCUUACAUUGGUAUAGCUACGGUUUGUACAGAGCAGGUACGGUCAUGCUCAGGAAGUCACGAAUUGGUGGAAGCUAUAUUCCACGGCAGCUGAAAAAUCUCAUACAUUAUGCAGGAGGGAAAAUGGAAAUGAUUGAAUAUGUAAAAUGACAGCAAUAUUUUAUCAAUGUAUUUCACCUGUCUCAAAUAUCUCUAAGAAAUUCAUAACUUAUAACUAAGCAAAAAAACUUGCUUUUGGCAGAAAGUUACUGUGAUUUAUUGUGAUUUAUCGUGUCUUGUUCUCAUUCUGUUUCCAGGCCUGAUGUUCCUUGUUGUAUUUAUAUAUCUUUUCUUUACUUAUCUCUGGCCGAUCUCUGCUCUGUAUGUAAGCUGGCUUGUGUUAGACUGGGACAAACCCGAGACAGGUAAGAAAAUAAAAUGCAAUACAAUUUUGUGUUGUUUGUAAAAGGGCUCCUUAAACCCUUUUUUAUAUUCCUUAUAUGUUCUUCAAUGCGAACAUGUAUUUGUCUUGUGGUUUUUCCCAUAUAUUGUUUCUUACACGGGCAGGUGAGAACAUAAAUGCAAUUAUAAUAUAAUUUAUAUAAUAGGAAGAUUAUGUAUGUAAAAAUGAGUACCAUCUUGCAAUUCUUGGGAAUGUUGUGCUAUUUUUAUGGAUAUACAACCUCCACACCUUAUAGUUUUGGAGAAAAUGGAAGGCCGUCUUAUUAAUAGAUAUAAUAUGGAGAUUUUACUGUCUCUUUAAAUAUAUACUACCUAAAAUGAAUUAUGCAAUAGUAACAUAAGAAUACAAUUAGACACUACUUAAUAUAGUGGUGUAUAGAAGUACUCUUCUUCUUAAAUUUUUAUAGAACUUUGCUUAUUGCGAGAGUCAUUUAUUAUGCCCAUUUCUCUCUAGUUUGGAAUUCCAUGAUGUAGUUUAUAGAGAUGGUGAUUUUUAGAUAUAAUUAGGUUUAGUUUUUAUUUGUAUUUUUUUAUAUUUACCCUUACCUUUAUCUAUACUGGAUUGUUAUACUGAAGAGGUUGUAUAUAUAUCCAGAGACAUAUCCUUUUUGCAGCUGUAUUGUAUUAUACCGUGCUCCUUCAUAUUGUAUAUGUUGUGGAAUGACAACAUGAAUAAAUGUGGCUGGAGAUAUGUCUUUAAGUUUGAAGGAUGUGUAAUACUGUAUAAUAUAGGUCUGUAUCUUUAAUCCGUAAUGGUUAACGUUAUCUUUGUGUAAGAAGAUACUGGACUCGAGCUCUGCAAACAUAUCCUUGUAAGGAAAACUGAAUAAUUUAAUGACAGCAACUCAUGAUUACAUCCCGCCCCCAGACCAAUGAAAAUAAUGCAGGGGAGGAGUGAGGUAUUAAAAAGGAGACCAAGGACGUCAGAAGAGGAAGCCCAGAAGGCAGGCGAAAUGAGCAAGGGUUCAAAAAUUUUAUGGAAGUCAUAUUUUUGCCCAGGCGAACACAUGAUUUCAUGGCCAAAACAAUUUCAUAGAAUCGCGGCUAAGUGACGCUGGAGGACCGACCAGGAACCAGGAGGUUUUCAUGCCGAAAAUAGUUCCAGGGCAUUUGCGGCUAAGUCCCCCUGAAGUCUAUUCGCUGUUAUGGCCUAUGUGAACAAGAUGGCCGCCACCAUGUGUUCGAAUGUCGAAUGGCGGCCUCUUAGACCGUUCGGGAGUUAGAAGAACCAAAUGUUUAAAGUCCCAAUAGGCACAUUUAGGGUCUCUCAGCCAAAAUAAAUUAAAGAGGCCAUAGUCACAGGGCAAGAGGCUGGCCAUUAGUCCUCUCCAAAAACCAGUGGUGAAGUUGCUUUCGUCACAAUAAUGUCCCUUGGUUGCAAGAAUAUAUACCCCCAAUUUAUCCCAUUAUCCGUGUCAGCAGUCAUGCCCUCCCUUCCUUAUUAUUCCAGGGAGGUUCUUCAGUUUUAAUGCAAAGAUCACAGGCAAACACCUUCACAGAUUUGGCACGGAAAUGUUACAAACUUUAUAUAAAAAAAAUUGAUGGCUUGAAAAAAACAAACCUCUUGAUCACCUGUAAUGUAUAAGUCAAGUCUGCAUGGACUACCCCAUGAAGCCAGUUUAUUUUGUUGAGCAUCCUAUGGUUAAUAGUCCUAGGGACCCACGGUUGUUUUCCCAUUUUUUUAACAUGGAUUUUUAGUUCAAUUACUAGUAUCCUCUGUAAAUAUAGAAGUAUUGGAUUCUGCUAUAAUGUGGAAAGAUAGAUAGAUAGAUAGAUAGAUAGAUAGAUAGAUAAAAUCCAAAUUAUAUGCAAGUAUUUUCCAUACUUGGUUGUCCACCGUGUCAGGUUUAGUGAAUUAAUCCUCAAUGUUACAAACAAACUAGACUUUUAGCAGGUAGAGAGAUCACAGAAUGAUUUGAUUUCUGGGAAUACUAUUAACAAUGCUUUUCCUGCAGACAUAUAACUCAACAUCAAAGCACUUUUUGUGAUGUCUGACAUUUUAUUCAUCAAGGGAUUAAAUUCCAUCUCUGACCUGAUGCGUGAUUCUGCCAACAACUAAUUCUGUAUUUAUCACUUUUUGUUUGUCCACAUUUGUUUAUGUUGCAACGUGUAAAGUAAAAGAUUUAACUCCUCAAAGUGGCACUGUCAUGCCAAACUUACCUGUCUCCUAUUGAUUCCGCUUCUCUUCCUCUCUCAGAAUCUUUUCUUUUCUUUAUUUCUGAUCUAGGUUUCCUUAAAACCAGGUGACCAGAUUUUGGAGAUAAAAAAAAACGGGACAUCUGGUCACACAGGCUAGAGCCCUUCUAUAUGUUGCUUGAGGGUGACAGGGGUGGUGGUAGAGCCAUUGGCCGACAUAAAUCUGCACUGUGUUGGUAGCUGGAAUGCAGCCAUAUAUUCCAUGCCUGCACCUCCGUGAUACACACCUCCAACUCCAUUAUUGGUCAGGAAUGCUCAGCUUGGCCAAUAGGAUGCUGUCUCCAGCUGAGUAUCAGAAACUACGCGUGAGACUGGUUAUAGAGCACUCAGCGCUAUUAACGGGCUCCAACAGCUUCUACACUGGCUCUUUUGCAGCACUGGCAGCACUGGCUGCCUUUCAGCCAAAAACUGGGACAUUUUUGUGUCCCAAGAAGGUUUGGCAAAUUGCCAAAAUCCGGGAUGUCUGGUCACCCAGCUUAAAACAUAAGAUGAAGUAGGGACUACUUUGUCUUAUGUAUUUUUUCCUACACUUGACCUUCUUUGACCAAAGGAGGAGCAUAAGUCCGCUCCAUUUCCUGUGUCAAGAAGAAGAGUGAGUACUUGCUCUGACACAGGAAAUGGAUUUGACUUAAGCUCCUCCUUAUGUUAGAGAAAGUCAAGUGUAAAAAAAAUACAUAAGACAAAAUAGUCCCUUCUUUGUGUUAUAUUUUAAAGAAAACGAGAUCAGAAAUAAGAAAAGAAGAAGAAAGAGAUUCUGAGAGAGGAAGAUACGUGGAAACAAUUGAAGAAAGGUAAGUUCGGCGUGACAGUGCGCUUUAAGGACUGCUUGACAAUGUAUGCUAAUGUAAUAAUUCCUAGCAGUUGUAUUGUUUGUUCUUGUCACUAUUUGCCUAUAUCUACUCUCCCUUGGAAUCUGCACAAUUUUCUUUAGAUCCAGCUGACUGGCAAAUAAUUAAGCACACAAUAGUUUGUUUAUACUAGGGCAAACUAGGGAACAGCCGUUUUGGAUCUGACCUACCCUCCCUCUCUGUUAUUAAUUUCAGGUAUCUUACUAGCACUAUCAUGAUAUGAUUGCAGGUGUUGCGCCCUAUUGUCAACUCAGGGGAAACGUUUUUCUUUACCCAAUAUUGAAUUCAUGAUAUCAACUUGACUCUAUUAGCUCACAGUGGUGUCCUCUGCUGGUGGAAAAUCAUUAUUACCUGCAUGUAAAUUGAAUAGAAAUGUAUUUUUAUAAUUCUGGUACUAACUUUGAAUGAUGAAACCUACAGGAGAUUUAUUUAACUAUUCUAAGCUGGGCUGGAUGGUUAGUUUAUCACAAUACUUCUAGUAUUUAAUACUAUAUAUGGCCUAUUUGGGCCCUUUCAUGAAUUUUUGAAUAAAAAGUUUUAUGCCAUCUUUAUUUUUAAAUGUUAAAAUGUUUAUGUGAAAAUAAUAAUAAUUCUCCGCACUCUACUACACAGGGACAGACUGAGAGCCUUUGGGGCCCCCGGGCAAAAUUAGAUCGCAGGCCCUAUGAAGGCCAAAUAUAUGUGCAUUAAAUAAAUGUUAAGUAUAACUCUCAUAUAAUACGGCAUUCCUGGAUGUGUACAUGUACAGUGUGAAGACCUGUGUAUCAAUGCAUGUUUGUAUUUGAGAAUUUUUAAACAUUUGCCAUUCUAGUUAAAGAGAUCUCUGAUCUCUCCAGUUGUAGCAUGGCUGUGCAAAGGGGUGCCAUCAGAAAUUUUGGGGCCCCUGACACAGCUCAGGUUUUGGCCCCUGUGGCCCGCCCCCUUGUCCGCACACAGGGCCUGCCACCAAGUCUAUCCACAAGAUACAAACUGCUUGGUGAUUUUGGGACCUACUUCCAUGUUUAGACGCCGGCUACACAAGCUUCACUCGCAAGCCUCCCUUACCCUUUGAACUACUAAAAGGAUUGUGCUUUACAUCCUCUAUUGGAUCCUGGAAAACGGACUGUUUACCAAUUUAUACUUGGACUCUAAUUCCGAUCUCUUGGAGGACUACUCACAUAAAUCUUAAGUAUAAUUUUCAUUCUAUUCUCUGGAGACUCAGUUAUAACUGAAUUGUUUCUUGCUUGCUAAAUUCUUCACUGCUGACUGCAUGCUAUUCCUAUGGAAGAUAACUCACAUCAAGCUUAAGUAUACUUUUCAAAUCAUCUCUGAGGAUUUACUUAUUUAUGAACUGUGUUUUGCUUGCCAUCAUCUACAGUUUCUUCUUAUUGAAUUAUUACCUAUAUGCUAUUAUUCACAGCUACUAAAAUUGUAGAUUAUGCUAGCUUUAGUGUACCUAUAAUCUUAAUUUUAUUAAUAACAGGAGGCGAGUAUUUGCUUUAGUCUCUCUUUACUAUAACUCCACAGCAGCACAGAAAAACAACCCAUCAGAAAAAAAAGUUAGGUACUAUAAAAUCCCCUUCCCAUUGCAUCAUUUCCUCUUUCAAGCUGCGACAAGACAGAACAAAGGCAGAAAAAAUAAUUCGAAGCAACGAAGUCCAGAUACGAUGAAUACAGCAAUGUCCAACGUCUGAGAAGAACUGUCAACCGGAUAGCGUUGAUGGACUGAAAAUAAAUAAGUCAAUGUCCACCAUCCACGAAGAAGCGCCACACCAGAUAGCGCUGAAGGACUGGAAACUGAAACGAGAGAAAAACAGAAUCGAACAGGUUGAUUAUCCAAUGAAAUGUAUUUUGAAUAAACUUGUAGAUACCCAAUGUAGCAAACAAAAAUUACCUUAAUAUGUAGAUAUCCCAACCCUACUUAUGAAAAACAGACAUAAGGACAGAUGACAGGUAGUAGAAACAACAAGCAGAGUUGUAUACGUACCUGAUUAAUCCAAACUAUAAAAUUAAAGGGAGGGAUAAGAAUGGGUGGGAAAUACUCGCCUGUCAUUAAUAAAAAUUAAGAUUAUAGGUACACUAAAGCUAGCAUAAUCUACAAUUUUAUAACAUGACAGGAGGCUUCGUAUUUGCAGUUUUAACGCUCAGCCAACAAAUCCAACGCUGCUUGUUUCGCUGGUACCCAUUCCGAGAAUAUUAGAGCAAUCCUAAAUGGACCUUCCAACUGCUAGAAGUAACCUCCGUUGAUAGAUCCAUUGUACGUGGGGUUACGACCUGUUCCCUAGCAGUCGGUCCAUGAGCUGCCAAGUUGACCUAUUAGUCAUAUUCCUGUAGGUGUAAAGUACCGAGGGGUCGCGAGAAGAGACUUCCACCGUGUCUCGACUCCUGAUGUGGGAGGUGAUUCCUCCGAUCGUGUCAGGUUCACCAGGCGAUGUGGCCUUGCAGACAAACUCCAACCUCAGGCCCGCGCCUAAGUCCACUGUCAAUACUCGAAUAGAACCGAAUAGUGUCUAUUCGUUCCUCUAUGACCUACCCGGUGAAUUGUCUCCUCCGAAAAUAAAGUUAUAUGCAGAUAAUAGUGUGGACAAUACUAGCCGUAUCCUAAAAGACUCCAGUCUACCAACUGGACUGCGUAAUCCACGGCUGCGGUCUAGAAAAGGCAUCCAAAGGACGUCCAAUCAAGGUCUCAAACUGAACUCAUGUGGUAAACGGUGGUCAACUAUUCUGUGAAUUGUGAAUCCUGGAAAGUUCAAAAGGAUGGGACCGGAAACCGGGGUUGAGAUUUCCAUCCAAAUACAUCAUCCUCUAGGAGUGCUAAGAUGGCCGGAUCCAAGAGAGUUUAGGACCCGAAUAACACAGAAGAGCCCUUACGUGUUGCAGUGAGGGUGUGAAAUACUCCAAUUACCCUUUGUACAAUCCUGUUCCAUGCCCGACCUGUCAAUAUUCGUGUAGGGGUUCCUGGCCUAUACGUCACCUACAAGAUAGGGAAUAAUAUAGUGAGACCCCUAGGUUCCUGUCUCAUAGACUGUCCAAGCAUGUAUCUCCCAGUGUAGGUUUCCUUGAUGGUAGUUGAAUAGGAAGGCUAGUGAGAACCCAAACCAAGAUGGUUCCCGUGAUGGAUAUAGAGUCCGAACACUGUUCUCCAGAUAUGUGUUCAGAGUUGUAGGAGCAGUCCUGUCAACUUUAUCUCAAGAUUGUAAGGACCAGGGAAGCCAAGUCCUGAUAAUUUCGGUUUCUCCAUGCAUACGGUGCACCUGAAGACCGUUUAUGUGAAUUUUCUAGUCUUGUUACUCGAGCAAGGCAGUGCCCGUUUGCCCUAUGCAGGUCUCAGGAUCUCAUGUCACCCUGACAUGGGAGAAUAGUCUGCACAGUUUGUACGCAAUGAAUAUCUGAAACAGAGUGCAAUGUCUGUUUGAUAUAGCACAGGUUAUACCAAAACCUGUACUCUUGUAAACACUGAGGCUCCUCCUUAGCCGUACUGUGUCCCGGAAUGUGUGUACAUAAGUGGGAAACCUCCCCCACUAAUAACUCUGAGGGUAUUUCUCAUGUGGAUUACAAGAUGGAUCCAGUCAAACUAUGUAUACCUUGCCCGAUCAGGUAGCCCUCUAGAACGAAAUCAGUAGCGCGGUCAUCAUAUUUAAAUUGGAUGUAGAAGGGACGCCCCUCUAUGCGGUCAUAGUUGACCUGUACAGGUACAAGCCUGUGUGAGGAACAAAUGGACGGCCCCAUAGUGCGUUGAGUGUAUGAGAGAGUUGCACUCUGUAAAAUGUGAUCGCACUCUGAGUCCGCGCACGGUUGGUGGUAUGAGCGGGCCGCACCCGUUAGAAGUCAAACAGAGUCUACCUCUGUGUCCGGUUCCUUCUAUGAGAAGGAGUCACUCGGAGCAUGUCCUCUAUACUCAGUUUAGUAUCGGGCCGAGGUUGAGGGAAGGCCACGCCCUCUUAUAAUGAAUCAGUGUCCGAUUAGGUAAAUGAGAUGGGUUCGCCCUCUACUCUUGAAAAUAAAAAUAUCAGUCUCGGGCAAAGGUGAAGGAGGGCCGCACCCUCUGUAAUCCAAACCAGAGUCCAGUAGAGACUCAGGGUGACCAAACGUGGGGUUACACCCUUAUUUAAUAUAAGCAAAGUAUACAACCUCGGGCCUUGUCCGACCUUAAUAAGAGAAAGGGGUGAUGAGAAAAGUAAGUUUCGGAGCUGAAGAUGGUAACUAUCAACGGACCGUCCGGAUCCGGUAGUCUGAGGAAAGCUGAAGACGUUCUCCGCAAUCCACGAGCGCCCGGGAGGUCAAGUCAGGCCUCUCGACGACCCGAGCGAUAGGACAAUAGAAGGCACGAAAACAAAGAAAUGACCAAUGAAGUAGAAAAUGGAAAAUACGUACCUCGGAAAGCAGGUCGGAUAGCAGACUGGAAAAAACGAAUCCAGUGAAUCCAGUUGAAAAGGUCAGGAGCUAAACAUGACAUAGAAAAACACUACCAAUACCUAAUAUGGCGUCUGAGCACUGUUCCCUGCUUGGGUGAAAUUCCCCUUGGAGACGUGACGUCGUUGGGUAUAACCCGUAGUUGCGUGCCCAGGAAUCCUCAUAAAAACUUUGCCCUUCAGGGCAUGAGGUGUAGGGCCUUCACCCCUCCAAUCACAGUUAGAUGUCCAUAUCCUGGUGUCCUCUUGGAUAAUAUGGCAGCAGUGCCUGUCCGGACACCCACCUAGAGAGUACUGAGCUUACCUCAGUGAUAUUCCCCCAGGUUUGUGGUCCAAAGGGGGGUUCGGGCACAGGUAGAGCAGGUCAACGAUGGGCCCAGUUAGAGCAGGCCAGACAGAAGGGCACAGAUGUAGUUGGUCAAUCAAAUGGGCACAGACAUAGCAGGCCAAUCACUGGGGCACAGACAUAGAAGGCCAAUCAAUGGGGCACAGACAUAGCAGGCCAAUCCUGGGUUUCAUAUUAAAUGGGUAAUGGGGACCUCUGAGUUUGGCAGAGUCCCCUAAAUAUCUGUAAAUCCUCCGGGUAUCCUGUGACCUAGGACCCUUAGAUACUAAUCUUAGAUAGCGUACUACUGUGUGAAUAAACCGUAACCGGGACUGGCGGUCCCUAAGUGCCCAGCAGGCAACAGAGAGGUAAAACCAGUUGUAUUGGGUUUAAGCUGGAUUUGUUCCAGUGAUAUAGUGUCCAUAAAAUCAAGCUCUGCUGAGCAAUACCUUCUUUAAAGUGCAAAUUGUAAUGCACAUGUACAUACAGAUCCUUGUGAGAUAUCAUCAUCAUCCUCAUCGUACCGCCUUAAGGGUAUUGUACUCAUGGUCUCUUCAGGAGUAGGGCAAAAACAAUUGCCAACUCAAUGAAUCUUCCCAAGAAGCCUGAUAAGAUAGAAUAGUAUCGGCAUAGACAGGACUGACAUCUACCGUCAGUGAAACUCACAGCAAUACGUGAUAUCUAUAGCACUAAGACUCACAGCAAGCCAUGCUAUAUACACUGGCAUAGAACUCACAGAAAUCUGUGAUAUAUACAUAUAUACAUAGUCAUAGAACCCACAGUAAUCUGUGAUAUAUAUAUACACUGGCCUAGAACUCACAGGAAUCUGAGAUAUAUACACUGUCCUAUAACUCACAGGAAUCUGUGAUAUAUGUAUACACUGUCCUAUAACACAGAAUCUGUGAUAUAAGUAUAUACUGCCAAAGGACUCACAGAAAUCCGCGAUAUAUAUAUAUAUAUAUACACAUGGAAACUCACAGUAAUCCGAGAAAUCUGUGAUAUAUCUAGGUGGAAACUCACCGUAGUCUGUGACAUAUCUACAUGGAAAUUCACAGUAAUAUGUGAUAUAUAGACAUGGACACUCACAGUAAUUUGUGGAAUAUAUACUCAUGGAAACUCACAGUAGUCUGUGAUAUAUAGACCUGGAAAUUCACAGCAAUCUGUGAUAUAUCUACAUAUGGAAACUCACAGUAAUCUGUGAUAUAUCUACCUGAAACUCACAGAAAUCUGUGACAUAUACACAUGGAAAGCUAACAGAAAUCUGUAUAAAUAAACACAUGAAAAACUACCAGUAAUCUGUGUAAAUAAACACAUGGCAAACUACCAGUAAUCUGUAUAAAUAAACACAUGGAAAACUACCAGUAAUCUGUGUAAAUAAACACCUGGAAGACUACCAGUAAUCUGUGUAAAUAAACACAUGGAAAACUACCAGUAAUCUGUAUAAAUAAACACCUGGAAGACUACCAGUAAUCUGUGUAAAUAAACACAUGGAAAACUACCAGUAAUCUGUGUAAAUAAACACAUGGAAAACUACCAGUAAUCUGUGUAAAUAAACACAUGGCAAACUACCAGUAAUCUGUGUGAAGAAUCCCCCUCCAUGCAUUCGGUACUUUCCCUCCCUGCUACUUUACUCAUGGAUUUAUUACUGUGACGAAGUGCCCUUCGCCACUUGUGCCUGGAGAGGACUGCUUGCCCGCCUCUUGCCCUGUGACUAUGGACCCUGGGAGAUUUGGCCCGUUACAUAGUUACAUAGUUACAUAGCUGAAAAGAGACUUGCGUCCAUCAAGUUCAGUCUUCCUCACAUUUGUUUUUUGCUGUUGAUCCAAAAGAAGGCAAAAAAACCCAGUUUGAAGCACAAUUUUGCAACAAGCUAGGAAAAAAAUUCCUUCUUGACCCCAGAAUGGCAGUCAGAUUUAUCCUUGGAUCAAGCAGUUAUUACCCUACAUUGAAAGAUUAUAUCCUUGAAUAUUCUGUUCUUGCAAGUAUGCAUCUAGUAGCCGUUUGAACAUCUGUAUGGACUCUGAUAAAACCACUUCUUCAGGCAGAGAAUUCCACAUCCUGAUUGUUCUUACAGUAAAAAAACCUUUCCUUUGCCUUAGAGAAAUCUUCUUUCUUCCAGUCUAAACGCAUGGCCUCGUGUCCUAUGUAAAGUCCGGUUUGUGAAUAGAUUUCCACACAAUGGUUUGUAUUGGCCCCGAAUAUAUUUGUAUAAUGUUAUCAUAUCCCCUCUCAGGCGACGUUUUUCUAAACUAAAUAGGUUUAAAUUUGUUAACCUUUCUUCAUAGCCGAUAUGUUCCAUUCCUUUUAUUAAUUUUGUAGCCCGCCUCUGCACUUUUUCUAGUGCCAUAAUAUCCUUCUUUAGAACAGGUGCCCAAAAUUGCACAGCAUAUUCAAUAUGGGGUCUUACCAGUGAUUUAUAAAGAGGCAAAAUUAUAUUCUUGUCCCGAGAAUGAAUGCCCUUUUUCAUGCAUGACAAUACCUUACUGGCCUUGGCCACUGCUGAUUGACAUUGCACAUUGUUGCAUAGUUUGUUGUCUAUAACAAUUCCCAAGUCCUUUUCAUGUGUUGUUAUCCCUAAUUCGCUUCCAUUAAGGGUAUAUGUUGCUUGUGUAUUCUUUACGCCGAAGUGCAUAACUUUGCAUUUUUCAACAUUAAAUUUCAUCUGCCAUUUGAGUGCCCAGUCUCCCAGUCUAUCUAAAUCCCUCUGCAGCAAAGUAAUAUCUUGCUCACAUUGUAUUGUUUUACAAAGUUUUGUGUCAUCUGCAAACACUGAAACAUGACUUUCAAUGCGUCUUCAAGAUCAUUUAUAAACAUGUUAAAUAGAAGGGGUCCCAGAACAGACCCCUGAGGGACACCACUUGCCACCUCUGUCCAGCUUGAAAAUUUACCAUUAAUGACAACUCUUUGUACUCUGUUUUAAGCCAAUGUUCUACCCAAGAACAAGCAUUUUCAUCUAGACCGAUUUCCUUGAGUUUGAACACUAAUCUAUUGUGUGGAACUGUAUCAAAUGCCUUGGCAAAAUCCAAAAGAUCACAUCCACGGCAACACCCUGAUCUAUACUUCUACUUACUUCUUCGUAGAACGCAAUCAAGUUAGUUUGACAUGACCUGUGCUUCAUAAAACCAUGCUGAUUUUUGCUGAUAACCAUGUUCUUCUCAAGGAAUUCUUGAAUAUUAUCCCUUAAUAAACUUUCAAAUAUUUUACCAGCCACAGAAGUUAAGCUCACAGGUCUAUAAUUUCCAGGCAAGGAUUUUGAACCCUUUUUGAAUAUAGGAACCACAUCUGCCUUCCUCCAAUCCUCCGGAACACUUCCUGAAAGAAAAGAAUCUUGAAAGAUUAAAAACAGAGGUUCACUUAUUUCUGCACUUAGUUCCUUAAGUACACGUGGAUGGAUACCGUCAGGCCCUGGAGCUUUGUUUAUAUUAACUUUCUUUAGUUGCUGCAGCACCUUGUCUUGAGUUAACCAAUUACAAUUAUUCUGCAAGUUUUUAGUAGCAAUCAUUUGCACAUCUAUUGCCAUGGGUUCUUCCUUAAUAUAUACGGAGGAGAAAAAGUUAUUUAAAAUUCCUGCCUUUUCCUGGUCUUCAUUAAUUAACACCCCCGUUUCAGUUUUUAGUGUACCUACACUUUCAUUUUGUUUUUUUUUUAGAAUUUAUGUACUUAAAAAAUGCUUUGGGGUUGGUUUUGCUCUCUUCAGCUAUCAUUAUUUCAUUUUGAAGUUUAGCAAGUCUAAUUGCCUUUUUGCACGCAUUAUUUGCAUCCUUAUAUCUUUUAUAAGAUGCAUCUGAUUUGUCCGAUUUAAAUGCUUUAAAUGCCCUUCUCUUAGUUGUAAUCUCUUGUUUUACUUCUCUACUAAGCCAUGUUGGUUUUAAUUUGUUUCUUUUAUAUUUAUUUCCCAAUGGUACAUACUGAGAAAUGUACCUUUGUAAUAUUUGUUGGAAGAUGAUCCAUUUAUCCUCAGUGUUCUUUUCACUAAAGAGUUUAUGCCAGUCAAUAUAUUGUAAAGCUUCCCUUAACUUAUUGAAAUUGGCCUUUUUAAAAUUAUAUGUUUUAGUAUUCCCCAUGUGCUUUUGUUUUUUUGAGUUUAUUUCAAAGGACACUAUAUUGUGAUCACUAUUUCCCAAGUGCUCACCUACUUGAAUGUUGGUCAAAAGAUCAACGUUGUUUGUUAAAACCAGGUCCAGACAAGCAUCCAUUCUAGUUGGUGCUUGUACAAGUUGUGACAUGAAGGUGUCAUUUAACAAGUUUAAAAACCUAAUUCCCUUUGCUGAGGCACUAGUCCCUCUGUCCCAAUUUAUAUCCGGGUAAUUAAAAUCUCCAAUAAUUAAAGUGUUACCCAGAUUUGCAGCUUUCUCAAUUUGCUCAAACAGCUGUUGUUCCUCGUCAAUAUUAACAUUAGGUGGUUUAUAACAUAUCCCAACCAAUAGUUGGUUUCCCUUCUUUUCCCCCAAGCAGAUAUUUACCCAUAAAGCUUCCACAUUAUCCUCCUCGCAUUCCAUUUGCUUAACAUUUGGCUUUAAAUCAUGUUUGACAUACAAACAUACCCCACCACCCUUCUUGUUUUUCCUAUCCUUCCUAAAUAACAUGUACCCAUUUAAGUUAGCUGCCCAGUCAUGUGUCUCAUCCCACCAUGUUUCAGUUAUGCCUAUUAUAUCAUAUUGUUUAGUGUAUGCUAAUGCCUCUAGUUCCCCCAUUUUGUUAUUUAGGCUCCUUGCAUUAGUAAGCAUACAUUUAAUAUUAUGCGCCACUUGUAUAUUUUGUGAAUUUUCAACAUUACACAGCUUCUCUGUUCUGAGCUUGGCCCUCCCCCCGUUUCCACCCCCCUUAUACUGUGCUAAAGCCCAGCUCCUUUCUGUCCUAUCUCCAUUUUGUAGAUUGCUAUGACCCUCCCCCCCUACUACUAGUUUAAAAUCUCCUCCAACCUUCUAGCCAUCCUAUCCCCCAGCACUGCAGACCCUCUCCCGUUUAGGUGCAAUCCAUCACCACUAUAAAGGUUGUACCCAAUCGCAAAGUCGGCCCAGUGCUCUAAAAACCCAAAACCCUCCUUCCUGCACCAAGACUUAAGCCACGCAUUGACCUCUCUAAUCUCCCGCUGCCUUUCCACUGUAGCGCGUGGCACAGGUAAUAUCUCAGAGAAUACCACCUUGGAGGUCCUUUUCUUAAGUUUGCUACCUAAUUCCCUGAAAUCAUUCUUUAGGACCUUCCAUCUUCCUCUUACUUUGUCAUUGGUACCAACAUGGACCAUGACCGCUGGGUCAUCCCCAGCCCCUCCCAAUAAUCCAUCCACUCUGUCAGCAACAUGCCGGACCCGAGCACCCGGGAGACAGCAAACUGUCCGGUUGAGCCGAUCAGAGCGGCAGAUUGCCCUAUCUGCUCUCCUAAUGAUAGAGUCCCCUACCACCACAACCUGUCUUGCCUUCCUUACAUUUUGAUCCCCACCCGUACUAGGGGGGCUGUUAGCUCGGCUGUUAGAAGUAACAGCUUCCUCUAAUACAGCUACUCCUGAGCUGAUGCUCCCAACAUCUUCCCUCAAACGGGCAAAUCUGCUAGGUUGCACCAAAUCAGGACUAGCUAGCCCUUUCCUCUUCCCUCCCCCCCUGCUUCCUCGCCCCACUGUCACCCAGCUACAUGCCUGUUCCCCAUCUGUCUUAUCUCCUCCCUCUCCACUACCUGUCCCCACUAAACUCUGCUCAGUGAGCAGUAGACUCCUCUCAAGAUUAUCAAUCUCCCUCAAUGUUGCGAUUUGCUUCUCAAGAUCUCCAAUCUGAGCUUCCAGAGAAGCCACUCGCACACAACCAUCACAGAGGUAUGGACCCUGGAUGGGUACAUCCAGGCAUCCAUACAUGCAACAAGAUGUGCAUUGAGUUAAACCAGCAAUCUUGCUAACACUCAUUUCCCCUUUAAACUGUAAAUAAAAACAGUUACCUUGAUAGUUUAAACCCCUAGUUAGUUUCAACUCCUGGUUUUCUAACUCCUACUUGAAAGAGUCUACUUAAUAGAGGCUGCUUUCAAAUAAUGUGAGCAAGCUCAAUUCAAUUCAGUAUGAUAGGAGUUAUGUAUUUUUGUAUCCUUUUGUGUUGUACUGGGAACAUGUGCUCAAUGGAGUCUGCCUCUAUCCCUGGAUAAUUGGAUUAUUUUCCCCAUUGUCUCCAGGAUAGAGGGCUCUGUAAAACCAGUUUGGGCCAGAUAGCCAUGCUGCCAGCCAGGCUCCAAAAGAUACUUUACUAGCUUCUGAACCCCUGGUCUGAUUCAUGCCAUUUUUUGAUAUGUUGUUUCCCUGAAUGGAUUGAUUGUGAAUAUGAUGUAUAUUUUAGAAGUUAUGAAUAUGCUGUAAAAACGGUAUUUUUCCUACCUGUGAUAAUUAAAUCUUCUAUUGUAUAAGAUAAUUGAAUCACAGGCAGAGGGGAGGAUUUUGUGUGGGCUGUAACCUCUGUUUUAUUGGCUACUGUAGAUAACGUGUGUGUCCCUCCCCUGCAUGGGAGCAGGGCAUAAAAGAAACUGUAACUUGAAUACCUGUUAUUGUUACUUCCAGUAAAGUCUUGUUCCAGCAUUAAGCCUUGGCUCAUGUUUGGGGGAUUGGAAAACUACACUCUGGGGAUUGCUAUAAUCCUGCUACGCUCUCUGGAUUUAGGAGAGGUUCACCCACUGGGAGUUGGAUCCUGGUCGUGGAUCCAGGGUGGGUGGAGACGGCGAGACCCCGGCGCAGCUGUAUCGCUGGAAGUGGGGUCUGCAGUGCUGAUGGUGUCGGUUGGAGUGCUUGGAGUCUUUAGCGAGCACUAGGCGCAUCGAUUGGCGGAGGUACUCAGUCGGAGUGCCAGCGUUCCGUCACAAUCUGUAUAAAUAAACACAUGGCAAACUAUCAGUAAUGUAAAGGAAACAUUCCCCAAAGAAAAGAGCCAGAAAGGCACAUAAAUCUCACAACCAAGCAUAAUUAAUAACAAUCAUAAAUAAAUCACACUAAAUCCCAAAGCCACCCACUAGAAGCAGGAGGCAGUGGUACUCUGACCUGUACUGAUGCGGAGCAGCAAAGAAAGAGGAAAUGAUGCAAUGGGAAGGGGGUUUUAUAGUACCUAACUUUUUUCUGAUUGGUUGUUUUUCUGUGCUACUGUGGAGUUCUAGUAAAGAGAGACUAAAGCAAAUACGAAGCCUCCUGUCAUGUUAUAAAAUUUAUUGCAAUCAUUAAAACUUCGUUUAAUUCUCUAAAUGCCUUCAAUCACCUCUUUACUUAGAAGCUACAGUAUUGAUAAUUUAGAAGAUUCUCCGUUUCAUUUCUAUUGUAAUUAAGGAGUUCUACAAGCUGCAGUUGAGUUCCAAUUCCAGAAACCCUUGUAGCAUAACAAAUACAACCGGAGGGACGUAGAGAUCUUAAACCGCUGGAUAAUACUGCUGAUGCUGGAAAAAUGCAGGGUAAAUGAAGAAAUGGAUCCUCUGCUAAUCAACGCAUUUCACCCGUACUUGGUGGGCUUUUUCAAGAUAGUGGAGGAUCCGUGUAUCGUAGUCUAUAUACCCUAUGGGAUUGUGAUACCUAUCAAGGUUUCUUAAAGGUACAUAUUGAAAAAGCCUGCCAAUCACCCCCUGAUGCUGAAAAAGUAAUCUUAUAAAGCCUUGCCCAGCCCUGCAAUUAGGCUCAGAGAACUCUGGUUGGUUAAAGCCAACCAAUCAGAGUGCUCUGUGUCAUUUUACACAGCGCAGGAAAAGUUCUUUGGAAUUUUCCCACGCUGUGUAAUUUGACUCAUCACACUCUGGUUGAUUGAAAGCAACCAAUCAGAGUUAGCGUGGGGGCCGGGGGGAGGACAAUAGUACCCCCCUUUUGAAGUAAUUUAGUGCCCCAAUCCGCCGCUCAGGGGUAGGGGCCGGGGGGGAGGACAAUAGGUCCCCGCCCCUUAUUCUGAUUUGGGGGGGGACAAGACAGGUUCCCCCCAUUGUCAUCCAGGGCACGGCCGGUCAGUGGUGGGGGCAAUAGGUCCCCCCUUCAGUUUAAAAGCCCCCCUCGUGCAGCACGGGUAGGGGCUCAGGAGGGGGGACACUUGGGGGGGGGGAGGAGUUUGUACGGUAUAGCGAGUAGGGGCAGAAUUUACUAAUACUAAGUAAAUUUUACUUAGUAUUAGUAAAUUUGGCUGAAAGACCUAUCUAGGUCUUUCAGCCUUUCGGUAGAUAGCUCCUGUGAUGGACCGCCUGGCACCCCGACCAGGUACCUGCGUCAAUCGAUGCUCCUAGUGUUCACCGAGGGCUCCAAGCACUCCACCAGACACCAUACGAACCGCUGCAGCUUGCUUGGGGUUUUGCCGUCCUCCACCCUCCCUGGACCCAAGACCAGGAUCCAGCUCCCAGUGGGUAGACCACUCCUACUCCAGAGAGCAUAGCAGGAACAGCUCUUAGAAGAGCUAGUGAUUAUACUCAGGGGAGUAUAGUGAUUAUAGUGCUUAUAUGAAUCCCCAGAGUGUAGUUCUCCAAUCCCCCAAACAUGAGCCAAGAUUUCAUGAAGGGGUAAAGCACCUUGUUUAAUGGGAGCCACAGCUGGUCUUUUAUGCAAGUCCCCAUGCAAGGGAACACCCACGUGGACCUUGUGAUGGACAGGAUGACAAUUGUUAUUAUUAAAAUUGUUAAAAGUCAAUAAUAAUAAUAAUGUACAGUAGGUGACACUCCCACACAUUACACACAAUCCCUCCCCUCAGCCUUGGAGAUAAUGGAGUCAAGUCCUGUAUGUAACUCAAUUAUCUCCAGGCAGAAAACCACACAAUUUUACAAAGUAUGAAAAGUACCCCAAAACACAACAUAUCCCCAUAAAUAUCCCCUGAUAGCCCUGAUCUGGGUGAAAAACAUAUCCAAAAAUCACCCAGAUCAGAGCAGGAGAUCAGGAAAUUCCAGGAAGUCUCUUUUUGACCGACUGCACACAUUGUUUCAUGCCCAAAACAAUAGUUCCAGAGAAUUAUGCUGUGCGGCCAGUCUAUUUCAAACUGUCGAAGUACCGUUCAAAUUACCGAAUGGAAUGUUGGAUGAGCAUAGUCAAUGUGUGUCCCUCGUUCGUGGGCUUCAACUCACUGAACGCCGUUCGACUCCCAUUGGAAUAGUCGAAGUUCCCUGGAAGGUAGAUGUUCAGCGGUAUUCGUACCGUUGUGUUUCCGAUUUGAUUUCCCUGAACUCAACGAGAAAACACCGCUGAACACGUUCGACCAAAUAAGAUGGCUGUAGUCGAAGUGCCACUUCGAAAGUUAAAAUCUGUUCCAGUAGUAGUCCAAGAGGCAGAAACAGUAUCUUUAACCUCCAGAUCACCACAGGGCCAUAGUCACAGGGUAGGUGGCUGGCAAACAGGCCCCUCCAAAAACCAGUGGCAAGAUCACUUUCGCCACAGCUCCCAAAUACCAUGAGAAUUAGGGAGAUAUCUACUUACUCAUUUCCAUCCAUUGACUGGCUAAGUAACUUACAUUUUACAUGAACGUGUUACUUGAUUGUUGAAAGUGUUGCAAAUGCUUACCGCUGAAUCCUGGAUAUGUGUGUAUACUUUUUAUUUAAAACUAGUAUACAGUGUAACAUUCUUGAUUCUUCCACUGGGUAUAUUAGUACUUCUGCAAUUCUGUGCCUCGGCAAUUCGGCUAUUCAGCAAAUCUGAAAUUCGCCACUUCGAUUCAGCACUUCUGAAAUUCGGCAAUUCAGAAGUAUCUGAAUGUCCGAAUUGACAUUCGGAACGAAACGAAUUGCACAUGUCUAAUAUACAACACAUCUUAACUAACGGCAUGGACACAAUUAAUGUCUUAGAACAUAUAUACUUUUAUAAACAUGCACCUUUACAGAGUACCCCGCUCCGCUUGCCAAGGGGUGCAACGAUAACAAUCGCCUUCCCACAAGGCGCUGCUGACUUGCUUUGCAUCUGAAUGCUGAGUCACAGAGAGCUUUUUCCUGCCAGAAGGAGGGGUCUGAUGAUCAAACAUUCCCCAGGGAAACAAGAGGAAGGCAGAAAGGUUCUGCCUGAAGCAGUCAGUGUGGAUCAAAAUUUUAAAGUUGUAAGCGGACACUUACAAAUGUAGUGCAUGCACUACACACACUACAUCCUUACACAGAGUGUGUGUUUGUGCAAGGAUGUUAUGUGGUUUAGUGACUGCAGAAUGUGUAUGUGUGUGUGUGUGUAAGGAUGUAGUGUGUGUUUAGUUAAUGCAGAGUAGGUGUGUAAGGCAGUGAUGUAUCCUGGUUUUGUGCUGCCCUUUUUUUAUUCAAUUCGCCAAGCCUCCUUACCUUUGGGAAUGCUGGGGUGGAAUCUCGUUUCACUGGGGUCCAGUGGGGCUGCUGGGCGGCCGGCCGGUGACUGCAGGUGGCGAGGGAGCACUGAUCCUCCUGUUCAGCUCCCUCGCGCACCGUAAUUUGAGGUCAUAUUCCAGCAUCACUAUGCGGCGCGCGAGGGAGCUGAGCAGAGAGCUCACUAAUCAGUGCUCCCUCACCAGCGCCGCCCGCCUGGAUUGUCAGCUAGCCACCAGGCUUACAAGACAUUUUCCUGGGCAUUUGGGGGCCCCCUGGAAAGUGCUGCCCAAGGCAAAUGCCUUGUUUGCCUUACGGCUAAUACGUCCCUGGUGUAAGGAUGUAGUCUGUGUGCGCAUUUUUUUCCCAUUAAUUGUUAUACAUUUUAUUUUAUCCCCCCCCCCCAUCUAGUCUGCCCAAUUUUCUAAAUACUUUCAUUAGUCCUUGGCCUUAUCAUAUAGCUAGGAUAGCCUUAUGCCAAGCUCCUUCACUGUGUUAACCUCUACCACUUCACCACUUCAGCUGGAAGGCUGUUCCAUGCAUCUACUACUCUCUCAGUAAAGUAAUACUUCCUGAUAUUUUUAAACCUUAGCUCUGCUAAUUUAAGACUAGACAAGUGCAAUUAAUUUAAUUCAGAAUGCAAAUUCGGACGAAUUUCGUACGCUUCUGAAUGUCCGAAGUGCCGAAUCGAACCGAAUUUCUGAAGUGCUUUGGAUUUCUGAAAAGUGGCAAAACAGGAGAGGGCUUGGGGUAGGGUUAGGGUAACCCUAACUCUAUUCCUUUUUUUUUUUUUUCAAUUCUUUUUAUUUCAAAUUUUUCAACAUAUUGUACAAAAAGUAUUAAACAUACAUUGAGAUUCAUACACAUUACUACAAGGACAGAAAAAAAAAAAAAAACACAAUAAAUACCCAUCCCCUCACGAGAGUUCUACUGACUUCCAACUUCUCUAUCUCUUUUCACAUGAUAUUAAAGUUACAAUUGUAAUAAUUUUUUUUUCCCAGUUUUCCCAUAGGCUCAAAUUAUCAUCCAGAAACCUGCAUUGAUCCUUUUCCAUUUUAAGUUGGUAAAUCAGCUGAAUUGUUAUUGAUUUUAUAUUAAAAGGGAUAUCUCCCUUCCAAUUCCUUGCUAUUAUUAUUUUGCAGGCCAUUAAACAGUGAAUAAUUAAAAAUUGAUUUAUUUUAUUUAAUCUUGGCCAUUUAUAAUGUAACAACAUCAUUUCUGGUUUUAAAGACAUUUUAACACCGCAUAGCCUAUGGAUGACAAGCUGAGCCCACUGCCAUACAACAAUCACUUGUUUACAAGACCACCACAUAUGAACAUAAUUUCCUUUUUCCUCUUUACAUUUCCAACACUUUGUGUCUCUAGAAACAUCAAAUUUCGCUAUUUUCGUUGGCGUCAUAUACCAUUGGUUAACAAGCUUAAAGUGAGUUUCUAUCAACACAAAGGAGUGGACAUAUUUAUUAAUUUUUUGUAGGAUAGAUAUCCAUUCAGAUAGUUCUAUGUUUAGUUUUAGUUCACUAUUCCAUUUUUUAAUAGCAUUAGGCAGAUCAGAAUCAUCCAAUAAAUCUAACAUCCUAACACAUCUAGAGAAUAACUGCUUUGUCUUAUUCUGGUAUAAUAUUGAUUUUAAUAUAUCAUACAUCUUACCCUCUUUUACUAACUCAACUUUCUCCAAAUAAUGUUUCACUCUAAAAUAAGUAUAUACAUCUUUAACAGAGAUCUUAAACUCCUCUACCAGCAUUUUAUAAGUUUUAAUUUUAUUCUCUUUAAUCAGAUCUUUUAUACUAUGUAUUCCUUUUUCUUUCCAUAGUUUUAAGGAGAUACUCUCCAUGUUUAAUUCUAAUAUUUCUACUUUUUGAAAAUCGAAUAUUUUAUUUUCCAAGUCAAUUUUUUUCCUUAUUUUUUGCCAUAUUGGAGUAAUCUGUCCUAAAAUGUACGAUCUGGAUAAGUUGUAUUUUAUUGAACUCCAAAAUAAGUCUAAGGUAUCACUGUGUUGGCUAGAUUCUGAUUCUGACUGCCACCAGACUUCCUCUUUAUUUUGUUUUAUUUGACUAACCAUUACAUGCAUAAUAAUUCCUGCUUCAUAAUAUUUUCUUAUGUUUGGAUAUCCUAGGCCUCCCUUCUUCAUUCCUCUUGCUAAUGUUCCAAUUUUAAUUCUGGGUUUUUUCCCUUGCCAUACAAAAUUAGAGAAGGCCUUAUUGAUCAUUGUCAACCAUGCAUUCGGGAUUUCUAAUGGAAGCAUUCUGAACAUAUAAAUGCAUUUUGGCAAGACAUAUGAUUUUAGAAUAUUUAUUCUUCCUCCCCAAGAUACUUCUAAUUUUCUCCAUUCUUUCAGAUUCUUAUUAGUUUCUUUUAGAAGAUCCAUAAAAUUAAUUCGCAUGGUAUUAUCUACCUUUCUACAAAUUUUAAUUCCUAAAUAUAAAAACACUUUAGCUUUAGUAAAGCCAUAUGUUUCUUGAUAGGAAUCUAUUUCUUGCUUUGAUAUAUUGAUAUAUAUAGCACUUGAUUUUGUUUUAUUUAAUUUAUAGUUUGAUACUACACUAUAUGUAUCAAUUUCUGACAUUGCAUUUAAUAAUGAUGUAGAAUUACUCAAAAAUAGAAUAGUAUCGUCAGCAUAUAGAGAUAUUUUCAAUUCUUUCUGUUUUGCUUUAAAUCCCUUAAUAUUUUCAUUAUUUCUAAUUCUGUUAGCUAAAACCUCUAAUGUUAAUAUAAACAAUAAGGGAGACAAAGGGCAGCCUUGUCUGGUCCCAUUACUCAAUUUAAACCAGUCGGAGCAAAUGCCCGGACCGAUUGUUCUCGCCGUUGGAUCUAUGUAUAGAGCCAAAAUUGCAUUAAGCAACCAUCCCUGUAUACCCACUUCUUCUAGGGUAAGCUUCAUAAAGUCCCAGCUGACCCUGUCAAAGGCUUUUUCAGCGUCUAAAGACAGGAUCAGCAUGGGAUUUUCUUUCUUUUGUGAUAUAUCUAAUACGUCAAUCAAGCGUCUAAUAUUAUUACUUGACAUUCUGUCUGGAACGAAACCUGUUUGAUCAGGAUGGAUUAACUGUUUUAUAACUUCUUUUAAUCUACUGGCUAUGAUAGAAGAAAAUAUCUUGAUAUCUACAUUUAUUAAUGAUAUUGGGCGAUAGCUUUGUACUUUAGUUGGAUCUUUCCCUGGUUUCAAAAUAGGUAAAAUAUUUGCUUUAAGCCUUUCAUCUGGGAAUCUGCCCUUUUUAACAGCAGAAUUAAAAGUAUUUUUUAAAUGUAUUGUCAGAUGAGAUUUCAUUGUCUUAUAGAAUUUAUUUCCAAAUCCAUCCGGACCUGGCGUUUUAUAGGUUUCUAAUCUGUCUAUCAUGAUAUUGAUCUCUUCUUCCGUAAUCUCUUUGUUUAGUUUAUUUACCUGUGACUCUGUUAUUUUAUUCAAUUUUGCUGAUCUAAUAUAUUUUUUUAUUAUUUCUGAAGGAGUGAUAACUGAAAGACUAUAUAGAUUGGCAUAGUACUCAUUGAAUGCUUUCCCUAUCUGUUCUGGUAGAAGGGAGAUGUUGUUGUUAAAGAUUAUUUUAUCGACCUUAUUGGUCGUAUUUCUUUUUUUCAACCUAUUAGACAUUAUUUUAUCAGCUCUGUUAGAUUUAUGGUAAUAUUUAACUUUAAGUUUAUGCAUAUUUAUUUUAAUUUUUUCAUAAGUUUUUUCCUGAAUCUCGGAUUUAAUUUUCUCUAUUUUUAACUGAGUAUCCUUAGUUGGAUUUUCGUUAUUUUUUUUAUUUAGUUUAUAUAAUUCAAUAUAGAGAUCUUGUAUAUUUGCACCUUUUUUUUUUUCUUUAAUUUAUUAAGCAUUAUGCAAUAUCCCCUUAUUACUGCUUUAUAUGAGCACCAUAGAAUGUCAUUCUCCACAAGUCCAUUAUUAUUUUCCUCAAAAUAACAAAUGGUCAUUUUAUCUAUAUAGUCUUUAUAUUCCUUAUUUGAUAAUAAUGAAUCAUCUAACCUCCAGGUUAUAGUUUCAUUACUCUUUGAUUUAUUACUGUUUAGUUCCAGACACACGCUAUUAUGAUCUGACCAUACUACUGGUUUAAUUUCUAUUUUAUAUGUUCUGUCUAUUAGUUUUAAAUCUCCAAAUAUAAGAUCUAUCCGCGAGUAUGAAUCAUGGGGCCAGGAGUAAAACGUAAAUUCUUUCGCUGCAGGAUUAUUAAGUCUCCAUAUGUCAAAUAGGCCUUCUCUUUUCAUCAAAUUAUUAAAAGUCCUUGCAUUUUUUAAAACUUGUUUGUCCCAAAUCAGAUGUUUUUCAGAGAACUUAUCUAAUAGGGGAUCUUGUAUACUAUUAAAGUCCCCUGCAUAUAUCUUUAUUCCUACACCUACUUUCUCAACCUUAUUAAUUACUUUUCUCAAUAGACAUAAGGGGUUUUUAUUAGGCAGAUAAAUAUUAAUUAAAGUGAAGAGUUCCUCAUUAAUUGUGGCUAUUAAAAUAAUAAAUCUUCCCUCCAAAUCUGUUUCCAUAAAUUUUAUAUUUAUUUUUAGAUCUUUUGCAAAAAAUAUUGCAACUCCUCCCUUUUUCCCCUCCUCUCUAGAGGAGCAGAAUUUUAAAGGAUAAAAACUGCUGGUCCAUCUCUUUUCAUCCUGUUUACGCCAAUGUGUCUCUUGGACCAUAGCAAUUUGAACAUGUUCCUUUUUUAAAUAUUCUUGAAAAGCUUGUCUUUUUUGCGGAAUAUUUAGGCCUUGAAUAUUUAACGUUAUUAUUUUAACCAUUGUCAUAUAUUAUUUUCUUGUUUGGAUAGUCUAGUGAACUCUCUAAAACAAAAAAACCCCCAAAAAAUAAACAAUUCACACUACAAUACAUACACGAAACACCUUCAAGUAUACUAAGUACUUGUAGUCUGUUUCCUAUCAUUCCAUAGACCCUAAAAAGAGUCAAAAAACAUUUUUCUUGGUGGGUUUUAAUACCCACUUUUAACCGUUUUACAGGUUACGGCGAGGAAGACUAUUUCUCGUUUUGGAGGAGCCAAAUAUAUAUUAUCUUUAACGUUCCCUACUUCCUCUUUCUUCUGCUCUAUGAAGAGUUAUACUACCACCCUUCUCUUCUCUUCCUCCUCUAAAGCGAGGAGAAAAAAGGAGGGGGAGACGAAGAGGAGAGAAAAAAAAAAAAGUAAAAAUUUUUGUCUGUAUCACAUUCUUUGAUCCCUUUAUUUCAUUUAUUUUACUACUCUUAUCCAUUUAUAUAUAUCAUGAUAGCAAAGCGAAGGAGAGAGAGAGAAAGAAAAAAAAACAAAAAAAAAAAACACACACUUUACUUAUUAAGUGCCCCUCUUUCCCUUUAUUCUUUUUUUCCAUUGUUAUAUACGUGUUCCUAUAAUUUGUUCUCAGAACAAUUAUUAAUUAUCAAUCCUCCUUCAUUCUAUUUCUUUCUAUUACCCAUUUUUUCCCCUUUUUCUUUUCUUACUUCUUCCUUUCUUCUAUAUUCUAUACAAUAUUUGUGUUUAUUAUUUAUAAUAAAAAACUUUCCCUUUUUCAUUCCCUCGUCUUGUGCCCACUUUAACUAUUUUGAUUUGUAUUCACCUUUUAUAUUUAUAAAGUGAAACCUUACAUUUCCUAUUAUCCCCUAUUAUUAUCAAAAAAAUGUGUAUGUGUGUGUGUGUGUGUAAGGAUGUAGUGUGUGUUUAGUUAAUGCAGAGUAGGUGUGUAAGGCAGUGAUGUAUCCUGGUUUUGUGCUGCCCUUUUUUUAUUCAAUUCGCCAAGCCUCCUUACCUUUGGGAAUGCUGGGGUGGAAUCUCGUUUCACUGGGGUCCAGUGGGGCUGCUGGGCGGCCGGCCGGUGACUGCAGGUGGCGAGGGAGCACUGAUCCUCCUGUUCAGCUCCCUCGCGCACCGUAAUUUGAGGUCAUAUUCCAGCAUCACUAUGCGGCGCGCGAGGGAGCUGAGCAGAGAGCUCACUAAUCAGUGCUCCCUUACCAGCGCCGCCCGCCUGGAUUGUCAGCUAGCCACCAGGCUUACAAGACAUUUUCCUGGGCAUUUGGGGGCCCCCUGGAAAGUGCUGCCCAAGGCAAAUGCCUUGUUUGCCUUACGGCUAAUACGUCCCUGGUGUAAGGAUGUAGUCUGUGUGCGCAUUUUUUUCCCAUUAAUUGUUAUACAUUUUAUUUUAUCCCCCCCCCCCAUCUAGUCUGCCCAAUUUUCUAAAUACUUUCAUUAGUCCUUGGCCUUAUCAUAUAGCUAGGAUAGCCUUAUGCCAAGCUCCUUCACUGUGUUAACCUCUACCACUUCACCACUUCAGCUGGAAGGCUGUUCCAUGCAUCUACUACUCUCUCAGUAAAGUAAUACUUCCUGAUAUUUUUAAACCUUAGCUCUGCUAAUUUAAGACUAGACAAGUGCAAUUAAUUUAAUUCAGAAUGCAAAUUCGGACGAAUUUCGUACGCUUCUGAAUGUCCGAAGUGCCGAAUCGAACCGAAUUUCUGAAGUGCUUUGGAUUUCUGAAAAGUGGCAAAACAGGAGAGGGCUUGGGGUAGGGUUAGGGUAACCCUAACUCUAUUCCUAACCCUAACCCUACCAUAACCCUAACCCUACCUUUACCCUAACCCUACACUGUCCUAAAGUUCCAAAGUGCCAAAGUCCCGAAUUUCGGAAUGCCGAACCGAACAUUUUUCCCAUGCACAUCCCUUUUUAAGUCUAUGACCUCUUGUUGUGGUAGUUUUUCUUCUUUUAAAUAUAUAGUUUCCUUUUUUACGUUGUUGAUUCCCUUUAUGUAUUUAAAUGUUUCUAUCAUCUCCCCCCCGUCUCGUCUUUCCUCCAAGCUAUACAUGUUAAGAUCCUUUAACCUUUCCUUGUAAGUUUUAUCCUGCAAUCCAUGAACCAGUUUAGUAGCCCUUCUCUAACACUCUACAUCAUUUCCCAUCAUCGUACUUCAUAACCUAGAUUUCAGUCACUUAUCUUUACAAAUAUUAAUAUUGUCCUUCUUGGCCUCACUCAACAUUCAAUCAUCGCAGUUCAGUAAAUUCAAAACACAUCCCAGUAUCCUCCACAUUAUUUACAAAUUCCUUAGUUGUACUACAAUUCCUUCCACAACCUUUCACCUCUACUAAUUCUCAGUCAUCUGUAUACUCUGUACUCCUAAAACCCAUCUUCUCAUCAGGUAGACAUCCAUUAGAGAGGGAUUUAACCCUGCAUGUAAUCAUUGCAGUUUUACAUUAUAGGGUUAAAUUGACAGGAUUAUUACUCCCAGACUACUUCUGAAGUGGUCUGGGUGACUAUUGUGUUCCUUUAAUGCACAGAAGUAACUUAACAAUAAACAUAAUUUUAAAGAUUUCUGGAUAUGAAAGUUUCUGGUAGACCUUUUCCAGUCCAGAAUGAGGGCCCCACCAAACAGAAGCCUCUCAUUCUGGUCCAUGGGGCUUGAUGUUAUCCCAUAAGUGAUUCACCAGCAGGAAUUUUCAGACACACAAUUCUCAAUCAGGUAAAAAGUAAAGACUUGAAGAAAUCAUUGGAACUGCUUAACAUAUUCUUUCAUGAGUCUUCUAUGCGGAAAACAUUGAACAGGCAUAGUUUUCAUAGCAGGACACAAUGAAGAAAGCUGUUGCUUUUAAUUUUUUUUUUUUUUUAGAAAUACACCACAUUGCUGUACACCUGAAGUUUCACCUUGACACUCCAUAAUGCUACUGAGAAAAUGUUUUGUGGACUGAUGAAACUGAGCUUGUGUUUGGGGAAAACAUGCAACACUAUGUAUGGUAUAAAAAGAGCACUGUAGACCAACAUGAAAACAUCACCCGAAUGUUUAAGUAUGGUGGAGGGAGCAUAACGAUUUGGGGCUGCUUUGGUGCCUGGGCCUCUUGUCGUCAUCAAGGGAAAAAUUAAUUCCCAAGUGUAUCAAGAUACAGGAUAAUAUCAGGGUGGCUGUAUGCCAGCUGAAGCUCAGCAGAAGCUGGGUGAUGCAGAAGGACAACUAUCUAAAAAUAUUCACUACAGAACGGCUUUAAGAAAAUCCACCUUUUAUAUUGAUUUAGUCAGAUCCCAGACUAUGACCCCAUAGAGAUGCUGUGGAGUAAACUCAAGAGAGUUGUUCACACCAGAAUAAGAAUAUGGCUGAGCAGAAGCAGUUCUGUAAGGAAGAGUGAUGUCAGGAUCCUAUCCUGACAACCAAAAAAAAUUGUUUAUUUUCUGCUUCUUUUCCCCCCCCCCCCAACAAUUCCAGUUUUUCACCACUAGUGGCCUCCCUAGCCACUAGUCUAAACCAAGUUUAUCUCACCUGCUUAACAUGAUCAAUGCAACCUACUAUAAGAGGACACACCCUGCUAGACAAAUUGCCUUUACAUUGAUUGCAGUUUGUGUUUUGAUCCUGACAAGACUACUGAUCCUGGCUCUUACUGCAAAAACCUGCUUUCCCCUGGAUUUCAUUCGAUCAACCCGAUUUAUCCUUUCUACCUGCUACAUUCCCAAUUAACUUACUGUCAAUAAGCUUGGGGACACUCUGAUCUACAAUACCAGCCUGCUUAAUUCAAUACUGGAUUUUAAUUCAUUAUUGCUACCUACUGUUCUACCUAAAACUAGGCAUCGUACAUGGAUUUACAAACAUUCCUGAUAUUUGCAACUAACCUGAAAGACCUAUUACUGCAGUACAACCUCUAAACCAAAGAGGCUGAUCAACUAAACGUAUAACUUACCUGUAUUACUUCAUCCUUUUGUAUUUCUGUUUAGUUGUAAUUUGCUUACCUGAACCUAUAAUUUCACUUAUAGGUUUUCCUUCUCUUGUUUUACCUAUAUUUCUCUUAUAGGUUUCCUUGUUAACUAAUUUUCUGUCUGGGGCAUAUUGCCUAACUCUUGAUUUCUGUUUUCUCUCCAUAUACUCACCUAGAAUUUCACUUUUAGGUACUCCUUAUUGCUUCUGUUUAUAAUUUCAUUUAUAGGUUUAACGGUUACUUUAUAUCUUGUCUGGGGCUUAUUGUAUAAACCCUUUUAAUAGCCCUCUUCAUACUUACCUGUAAUUUUUCUCCCUCUGUCCUAUAAUUUCAUUUAUGGGCUUUAUUUGCCAACUGACCUGUAUUAGGCUUCAUUUACUAUUCUCCUUUUUGCUUUCACUUCCCUUUUAGUCCGGCUACGCUUAUUGUUUCAAGUAAAACAUGUCUAAGAAUCUGAAUAAAGAACCCAAAGUUAACCCCAGUUUAAGUCUCAUAUCUGACCUGAUCAGAACCAUGACAAGUGGUCAAAUCCCUCCUGAAUGUUGUGUAGGCCUAAUCCGUAGCUACCAGAAACUCUUGGUUGAGUUUUUUAUUGUAAUAGAAGAGCAAGCUAGCUAUAUAAUCUAGAGACAAAAGAAAUGCCCUGAAUUAACCUAAAUUUGAACAUAUAAGAUGUAAAUCCAUAAAGAAAUAAAUUAAUCUAAAACUUAACAUUUAUUAAAGUUAUCAAAAAGUGCAUGUGAGAAACUAAAUAUUAUAUAUAUAUAUAUAUAUAUAUAUAUAUAUAUACACACACACACACACUAAAUUAAAAAAAAAGUGGAAGAGAACAAAACCAAAGUAUAUACAGAGAGAACUAAUAUAUUAUUUUGUGUUCUGGUAGGAUAUAUCUAUGUGGACAAUUAUAUCUGGCUUGAUUCAUCCACAUCAGGCACCUAAAAGACCGUACGGAUGUUCUGCAUUAGUCUUGUAAGCUACAGAAUAGCUAAAAUUUGUAACAAAGUAAGACAUUCGCAUCACCAAGUGGUGUUUUAAAUAUACUGUAGUGAGUGAAAUUGUAGCAAGAUACCGGCUUCGAGCACACAGAUAAUAUCCUUAGAGGGCACCUAAUCUUAUCAUGAUUCUGUCUAACAAACUCCUGACAGCUACAGAAAUUAUUAUGGAGAUGGCUAAGCACGCCUUCAAGUUUGAAAAUAUUAAUCAAAAGGUAUAAAUAGAUCCGGAUCCUAAUUUUACUAGGAACAACAUCACCUGGCAGAAAUACUUGUCUAGCCCCAACGUACGUUUCGCCAGGCAGGCUUCUCAGGGGAAAAUGAACUUGAUACCUGAAUCGUCUUUAUAUAGGGUAAGGAAGGAAACACCUGAUGUAAGUUAAAUACAAUCAAUGUGCCCCAUUAGUGAUUGAUAUGGUGAUUAGCCAAUGCAAUGUCAGAAGUGCCAUAAUAGAGUUUAACAUAAGGCAUCCAAUGGGUGAAUUGCUAGAAUGAAGUGAUCAAUCCUAGAUGGUCAGUAUAUGUGAUCUUUGGUAAAAGAAAAUAUAAAAAUAUAAAAGAUAUAGGAUAUGAGCAAUCACCCCUUCAUUGCUGUGUUGAAUUUGUAAUUUAAUCUAGUUAUUUAAUGACAUACAAUCCAAGUCAAUUACAAAACGAACUAGACUCAAGUUGGUCAUUAUAAACGUCUAAAUAAAAUAGAUAAAGGUAUUAGAAGGAAUUAAUCUGUAAAGGUUAUUCCAAAAAACAGCAGUUCUUAUUUAUUAAGUGGUUAUUUGCAAGAUGGAAAUUACUGACCUAAACUGUAUAGAGAUAGCCAUAAAUAGUAAAUGCUUAGCAAGGAUACUACUGAGAAAUAUUCCUGAAAUGUGAAUUGGCUACAUAUAGUGUUCAAAUCAAGAUUGAACAGAAUAAAAAUAAAUAAUAUAGGAUACUAAAAUUGUAAUUAUAUCUAGUAAGUUUAUGACAUACAAUCCAAGUCAAAUACAAAACAAACUAGACUGAGAUUGAUCCAAUGAGCAUCUAAAUAUAAUAGAUAAAGGCACUUAAUAUGUACAAACACAAUUUUAUGGCAAGACAGGAGGCUUCAUAUUUGCUUUAACCUUCUUUACUGAACCUCCCAGCAGCAAAGAAAUAGUUAAACAUAUAGAGAAAAAAUCAACCAAUCAGGACACAUAUUAGAACAUAACAGUCUGUCAGGCUCCUCCCAAAUCCUCUUUCUUUGCUGCUUGCCUCCCAGGUGAGUCUAUUCCAAUUAUAGCUCUCUAAUAUAUAUAUUAUUGACCUGCCUUAUAUUGUUUUUUUCCAUAUAUUUUUUGACUCCUUUAAUUAACUUUCCCUGUCUCUUUUAUUUCCAUGAGGUAAUGGUGUGUUUACUUUAUCUGUGCACUUUACCACAUAAACCUUUUCACAGGUCAGCCCACUGUUCAGUCCCUUCCCUGUGCUUUUUAUUUAUGACUGACUGGGUUUUUUUGUAGUAAAACCUUAAUAACCUUUUCCUUGGUGAAAUUAUCUUCAGACCGCGCCACUGCUGUGGCUGCGGUCCGUUUUAAUCACGCCCGCGAUCUAUUUCUGUACCGCCCGUUUUUUCGCGUCAUUUGAUUGACACGCAGUUUCCCGCCUUCCUCAUUCUAUGCCGGCGGCCAUCUUCUGUUCGGCGGUUAGUUUCCGUUCGCGCGCUUUUUCGGUGAACAGCUACUGGAUUGCAGCUCUGUUAGACGGUAAGUUUCAUUGCCCCCUGCUGGUACAUUUUGUUAUUACAUCUGAAUAUUACACAGAACACUUGCUUAUAUUAGCCUAUUUGUGUUUUUAUUUGCAGAUUGCUCUCAAACUAUACUAUACAGCUCUAUGCCUAUUAGAGGGUGACCCCCUCUUGCCUUUUUGAUUUAAGGGUGAUACCCUUGUGCCUCUUUAUUGAGGGUGACCCCCUCGUGCCUUAUCUCUCAGGGUGAACCCCUUAUAUAUUUUAUUGAUUUGCACAGGUUACCCCUGUCAUUAUUAUAUUGACAGUUUAACUGCCAUAAUUGUGGAUGAACCCCACUUGGUCCCCUUAAAGGUGACUGCAUAUUAUCUGGGUGAACCCCAAUAAGACAGCCCCUGCUUUUACUUGUUUUGUGUAAAGUUUGUUAAUAUAUAUAAUAAUAAAAAAAUAAAAAAAAUAAAAGAAUUUAUAUAAAAGUUGUUUAAUAUACCUUUUGGUAUACUGAUUCUGUGGUGAACCCACUACUAUUUUACUGGUCACCAUGUCGGACCAACCAGAACCUGCAAUGUCAGCAGAAUUAAAAGCCUGACUUCAAGCUGCAAUUGCAGACUCUAUCCCCAAAGCCUUGGCAGCAUUUCAUGACCAGACAGCCACUACUGCCACCAUCUCGCAAUUGUCAGACUCUGAUGAUUCCAGGGUCUCUGACCAUGACGAAGCCCCACGUAAACGCCCGUGGAAGGGUAACAGUGCUUCUGCUGGCAAAGGCAAAGCCCCAGCAAAGACAGCUAAAUUGUCUCAUGCCAAACGCACUUUGACCUCAGAAUCUGACCUCUUAAAGGACUCAACCUCUGGCUAUCACCUACGAGUGAUAGACGAAUACAAUGCGUAUCCAGAGGAGGAUCUCCCAGGUGACCCUUCCCCUUCUGAGGCGGAAUUGACACCCCCUGAUCACAUUGCAAAAUAUUGCAGAUUAUGGCUUCGUAAACCCUUAGAAAAGGAGAUUAGGGCCAAAUUAAGAGCAGAAUGUCCACGACCUAUGAUCCCUGAUAAGGUGGCUGUCACCCCUGAACUUGACCCACUCCUGGUCACUUUUCUAACUAAGAUGGGUAAGGGAAUCGAAGUUGGCUUAAAAGCCACCCAGGACAAGCUGAUGGAUAUAGCAGGCCCGCUUAUCCAGAUUUUUAUAAUUGCUGAUGAGACGCUAGCAGGAGGCAAUUUUGACGCACACAUGGUGCGUGAAUGGGCACAAAGAGCGUUAUGCCUGUUAGGCAACGCCAAUGUAGCUAUUUCCGUUGAACGGCGUAAAGCCGUGUUAUAUAAAAUUGAUGCCAAAUUGGCAGAACUAGGCACCAAAGAACUUGGUCCAGAGGCUAACGGACUAUUAUUCGGGGACAGGUUCAUACGAGACCUGAAUAAACACGUAUCCGUGUUUACCUCCCUUAACAAGGCACAAUGGAACCUUCGCAGGGUGUUCAGACCCCAGCGUUUUUCCGGGAGAGCUGGUCGCUAUAGGGGCCGAACGACUGGCAGAGCUGCCUUCACAGGCUACAGGCCUCAACCAGCAGACUCAUGGAAUUCGGGCAAUACCCGUUUCUACCACAAGCAGUUCUUUCCCUCUAGACGUUCCAUCAGAGGACGUGGAUAUGCUUCCCUCCGGGGCCGCACUGCUUCAGGUAAUCGACUUUCCUUAUUCUCAAGUUCCUAUUGCAGGUCGGCUAACCCUUUUUUUCCAACAGUGGUCUCUAUUAACUCAGGAUCCAUGGAUCCUUCAAACUGUAUCUGGUUUCCAUAUAGAUUUUGCAAACGACCCUCUACAAGAGUUCCCCCCUCCACCUCUGCACAUGUCUCAAGAGGACAAUGCGACUUUGGAGGCCGCGCUAAACGACCUUGUCGCCAAGGGCGCUAUAGAACGUUCUCGGUCCCCUCACAGAUUCAUAAGCAACAUAUUUCUGGUCCGAAAACAGUCAGGGGACUUUCGACCAGUUAUCAACCUGAAAGACCUAAACACUUUUAUUGUUUACCAACAUUUCAAAAUGGAGGGUAUCCACCUCCUUCGAGACCUACUCUGCGAGGGAGACUGGUUCUCCCGUUUAGACUUGACAGAUGCUUACCUCACGGUUCCUAUAACACCGGCCCAUCGCUGUUUCCUACAGUUCAGAUGGCAUCAAGACUUAUGGCAGUUCACAUGCCUUCCCUUCGGACUCUGUUCCGCACCCUGGUGUUUCACCAAGCUGAUGAAACCAGUCAUGGCCUUGCUAUGCUCCUAAGGGAUUCGCUCCAUCAUAUAUCUGGACAAUAUCCUCCUUAUGGCUCGGGACCCAGGCACUUUAUGACUCCAUACAGACAUGACCACAGCUCUGUUACAAAACUUGGGGUUCGUGAUCAAUGUCCAAAAAUCCAUCCUCACCCCAUCUCAGGUGGUUCAGUUCCUGGGAUUCCAAAUACAUUCCGUUUUGGCUAUCCUACAACUCCCUUCAGUAAAGAUCAAGAACAUCAAAAAAGACAUCAGAAAAAUUCUAGCCUCUUCGACUAUCCGCCUUCGCGACUUAGCUCGCAUAAUCGGACUACUCUCUGCCUCAAUUCAGGCGAUCUUCCCAGCUCCUUUACAUUACCGAGCAGACUGAAGACUCGCUCGUUACGUCACUCUGCAUCUUACGAUCAACAGAUCUCUUUGACAGACGAAGUCCGACUCGAAUUGAACUGGUGGCUACACCAUAUGGAAGCAUGGAAUGGGAGAGCGAUCUUUGGAUCACAGCCAGAUUACAUCCUAGAAUCAGAUGCCAGUCUUCUAGGCUGGGGUGCAUCAUGCGCAAAUCUCUCUACCGGAGGUCCUUGGUCCCCAUCAGAACGGGCAUUGCACAUCAAUUGCCUCGAGUUGAUAACCGGGUCCUUUGCGAUUCGCAGUUUCGCAAAGGACUCCUACAAUUGUUCCCUAGUACGGAGAAUGGACAACAUCUCAGCUGUUCAAUACGUGAAUCGUUUAGCGGGAUCCCGUUCCAAAAUGCUCUCAGACCUCACAAAAGAACUAUGCCAAUUUUGUCUGGACAGGAACAUCUCCCUGCGAGCGGAGUAUCUACCGGGUUCCGACAACUUAGCCGCAGAUUGGUUCUCUCGACACUGGAGAGACUCCAGCGACUGGCAAUUGGACCCACACGUUUUUUACCGUCUCCAUCUUCUUCGGGGUCCAUUCAAUAUCGACCUAUUUGCAUCUCGUCUGAACCGACAGACGGACACUUUUUUGAGUUGGUUGCCGGAUCCGACCUCUAUGGCAGUAGAUGCCUUCCUUCAAUCUUGGCCAAUGACCGGCGCUUAUGCCUUCCCUCCGUUCUCCAUGAUCCUUCGCACUCUGCAUCAUCUCAGGACUCAGGGGGCCACAAUAACACUGCUGACCCCUUUGUGGCAUACCCAGCAAUGGUUCCCCAAUCUCUUGGAGAUGUCGGUGAAUUAUCCACUACUGCUACCUGCCACGCACGAUCUUCUCAAAGAUCCCGCAGGCAAUUUUCACCCUCUUACGUUGCAGGGUCAUCUCCAGCUAGUGGCCUGGACUGUUUCAGGGGAUCCUGGAAUGCCGCAGGACUUUCGGAGACUGCUAGAGCACUCUUAUGGGACUCAUGGCCCCCGGGACUAGACGCUCUUACCUCUCAGCCUGGCGAGUUUGGCAUCGCUGGUGCUUGGAAAGGUGUAUUGAUCCCGUUUCAGCUUCUUUGAUUAACGUCAUGAACUUUCUGUCCUCUCUUUUUGAUCAAGGUAAAUCCUACAGAUCCAUUAAUGUGUUUCGUUCAGCAAUUACGGCAGCUCAUGGCCCCAUUGAUAAUACAGCAAUAGGUAAACACCCCUCCAUCUGUAGACUGUUGCGUGGCAUUCGUCUUGCUCGACCUCCUGUCCCAAAAUAUUCUCAUUUUUGGGAUAUUGCUCUUGUUUUGUCCUUCCUAGAGACUUGGCCACCCAAUGAAGCACUCUCUUUACGACAACUGUCGUAGCUUUUCUCCUCUGCUUGGUUUCUUUUAGGAGAGUCUCUGAUAUUCAGGCAUUUGACUUUCACGCUAUUGAAUUCAUGCCCCAAGGUGUAUGUUUCAACAUUUCUCGCCGCACUAAAACUAAUUCCUUAACGAUUACUUACCUUUAUUUUUCCGACAGACCAUCGCUUUGCGUUGCUCGUUGUGUCCAACACUACGUCGCCUCUACGUCUCCCUACGGGCCCCCUGUUUAUCUCAUAUGUGCGACCACACAAGCCAGUGUCUUGUCCCACGAUUGCCCGCUGGAUUAAAUGGCUUCUAGAUUCAGCGGGCAUAGAUUCAUCUUUUGGCGCUCAUUCUGUCAGAGGCACUGCUGCCUCUUCCGCCUUUAUAGCUGGGGGAUCCCUUGGAGACAUCCUAAAAUGCGCUGAUUGGUCUAGAGAAUCUACCUUCCGUACCUUCUAUUUUCGACAAUCGUCCCAUGCUUCUUUUUCUUUGGUUUCCACGCUUUAAAACAGCAAAUAUGAAGCCUCCUGUCUUGCCAUAAAAUUCAGGAUUAUUCUAGCGUUAGUGACUGAAUAAUCUAAAUUUUAUUAAAGACAGGAGGCGAAUAUUUUCCCACCCUAUUGCUCUCCCACCCAGAUUUUUUUCAGAUCACAUGUACUCUUAAAAUUUUUUCUAGGUUUCUUGUGAGACUUUAUAUUUAUCUGACUGUUUUUCUUGUUUGCUCUGUUUAGGUGCUUAUCAAUCUGCCUGGUUCUGAUUAUUUUAAAUUUUGCAAUAGUUAUACUUGUAAUAUCCAGGGGGUAGAUCUGUAAAUGUAGAUAUCUUGCGGACACCCAGUCCAAGUGACCAUACUUUCACGAUCUUUCUCUGUCUUUUAGUGUGAAGUUUCUCUACAUGAGCCACGAAGACUACGUUCUUUUGGUCUCUAGUAUCGGCUGCGUUCUGGUUUACAUGGUUGAUGGAUUACUCAAGUUUACACGGUUGACUACACUUAUGAUCGGCUGCAUCAGAAAGAGGAUUUGGGAGGAGCCUGACAGACUGUUAUGUUCUAAUAUGUGUCCUGAUUGGUUGAUUUUUUCUCUAUAUGUUUAACUAUUUCUUUGCUGCUGGGAGGUUCAGUAAAGAAGGUUAAAGCAAAUAUUCGCCUCCUGUCUUUAAUAAAAUUUAGAUUAUUCAGUCACUAACGCUAGAAUAAUCCCGAAUUCUGAAAGGGAAAUAUCUACUAAGUGGUUAUUUUGUAAAUGGAAAAUACUAACCUAAACUGUGGAAAGAUAAAUAGUAAAUGCAAGAUUUUCAAAAAGUAUGAAUUUAUGUAAAUCUUAAUUGGAAAACUUUACCUAGAGUUAAAUAUAGCGCUAAUAUAAUUAUUCCAUUGUAUGAUCCAAUACUAUAAGGUUUCAGAAAAAUGGGGAAAACAAGUUGAGAUUUCAUAAUGGUAAAAUGAGUGUAUGACAAUGUAUGAAAAAUAAAAGAAAUAUAGAUAUUGGAAAAAUAUUAUAUUAAGGAACCAUUUUAAUUGAAAAAAAUCUGAGCAGUGUAAUUAAUAUAGAAUAAGGUCAUUAAAAAUUACAAACAUAGUGCUGGAAUGAUCCAUUCGUAUUGUGAGAUCUAUUUAUGUAUGAAUGAAGUAUAAUUAAAUUCUUCAUUUAGGCCAAAAGGGGCCAAAGUUCUAAACUUAUAUAUCCAUCUGGAUUCCUUUUGUAGUAGGGUAAGAUUAAAAUCCCCCUUUCUGGGAUUAGGUAGUAGUUUCUCAAUCGCUUGGAAGCUUAACAAUUUAGUAAUAAAAUCAUGGAAAUUGAUAAUGUGCCUGGAUACUGGAAUUAGCACAUUGUGAUUGACAGAAUUUAUGUGCUGCAAAAUUCUUUGCCUUAAUUGCUGGAACGUCUUACCUAUAUAUUGCUUCCUGAAAUAACAAGUGAUUAAAUAAAGCAAUUUAGUAGUACCAGAAUUUAUGAAGGCAUUUGUUUGGACUUUCAUCUAUGUUUGAUUGGAUAUUGUGAAUUUUGUUGGUCUGAUGAAUUGGCACACAUUACAGCAAGCAUGUCAAACUCAAAGUCUAGCACGGACCACAUAAACAAGGUUUAAUUUUAUGUGGGCCGCAAAAAAAACAAACCUUAAAUUUUCAUAGAAAGGUAGGUUUAUUUUGAAAAGUACAGUAUAAUAAAAAAAAAGCAUCCCCCUCUACUAAAUCAAAGCACCACACUCUACUAAAUCCCAGUCCCCCCCCCCAGUCCCCCAUUUACUAAAUCCCAGCACCCACUGGUACUCCACUGCCCAGUCGCAGCCAAUGCAACACUGACCAACACACACACACACACACACAGACACUGAAAGACACACAGACACACUGACAGACACACUCACUGACAGACAGACAGACACACAGACAGACACUGACAGACACUGACAGACACACUCACAGACAGACAUUCACAGAGACACACACACACACUCACUGACAGACACAGACACUCACUGACAGACAAACACACACAGACACACACAUACCCACUGACAGACACACACACACUCACUGACAGACACAAACUCACUGACAUAUACACACACAGACACACACUGACACACAGACACUCACUGACAGAAACACACACUCACUGACAGACACACAGACACUCACUGACAGACAUCUUUAUCUUUCCUGCUUUACAGAGUUUUUCAAAAUCAGUGAGGGGAAGUUUAACUACUGUUUUUACUUCCGCUGAGCAAACCAGGUCUCUAAUCUACAUUUAACGAAAAAAGUCUCCUGUCCUCAGGCCUGUUCUGGCCGUUAGUCUGGAAAAUAAGACCACCUCUCCUUUUAACCAAAGAUCUGCAUAUCUAUAUAUUCCUUCUGCUUUUAGAUUAUACCCCGAAAUAUCUCCAAAUUGGUCUAUCAAGUUAAACAAUUUGGGGAUGGAUUCAGAAGGAUUUGCCAUGGAGAGUAAUACAUCAUCAGCAAUAGCUGCUGUUUUAUAGACCUCCCUGCCUAUUUGAACACCCUGAAUAUUAUUGCUUUCUCUAAUGAGGAUCAGGAGAGGUUCUAAUAUAAGGGCGAACAAGAUUGGGGAGAGAGGGCAGCCCUGGCGUGUGCCACUAUGUAUACCAAAUUGGGUCUUAUCUGUGCCAGGGAGUUGUAUUAAUGCUUGCGGAUUAGAGUAUAGCGCUCGGAUUAUAGUAAUGAUAAGAUCAGGAAGUCUCCAAUGUUGUAGCAGAUAAAAUAAAUAAGACCAUGCAACCCUAUCAAAUGCUUUCUCGGCAUCUAGCGACAAGAGUAUUGAUGGUAUCUUUCCUGUUUCCAUGACCCAUGCGAUAUCCACAGCUCUACGUAUACUCUCGUAGAGCUGUUUACCUGGAACAAAGCCUACUUGAUCUGGGUGAAUCAAGGUGGGGAGGAGAGGAGAAAGUCUUAAAGCUAGGACUUUGGCUAUUAUUUUUAUAUCCACAUUUAUUAAUGAUAUAGGUCUAUAAUUUCCCACUGAUGCAGGGUCUUUAUCCUUUUUUGUCAGUAGUAAGAUUUUGGCCAUUGUAAGAUUAGCUGGAAGAUAUCCAUUUAAGCAUAUUUAAUCUAUAAUCUCCUGUAGAUAUGGCAUAAGGAUUUGUUGGAAUGUUUUAUAAUAACUACUGCUAAAACUGUCCGGGCCUGGUGCUUUACCCCCUUUAAUGGAGAAGCAGGCAGAUUUACUCUCCUCUAUAGAUAUUCUUGUCCUCAAUAAUUCUAGAGCACUUUCGGGGAUUUGAGGUAGAUUCAUCCUAUCAAAGAAUUCUCUCAGUCUUAUGUCCUGGUCCAUGUCCUCCCCAUUCUCAUCCAUAAAUUGACUGUACAGUACUAGUGAAAUAUUCCCAUCUGUUGAUGAUACUAAGGUUCCUGAGGCGUUUCUAAUUGCUGAAAUAGGUUUAGAAUGUAUGCGUGGUUUUAAACACUUAGCCAAGGGAGCAUCUAUCUUAUUUGCUCUCUCGUAGAAGUAUCUUCUGUGUGUUGUUUUUUAACUGCCAUGCAGCUUCAUCUAAUAAAAGAGAUUUAAUUUUUAAUCUAUUCAUUUUCAGAUCAUGUAGUGUUUGUUCGGAAGGGGCUGUUUUAUGCUUUUGUUCCAGUUUGCGUAUGGAUUUCUGUAGCUCAAACAAUGAUUCUGAUUUUAUCUUUGUGAGCUAUAUAGAUAAGGGGAAAGUGUUCGAUUUGUCAAAAACAUAUCUAUUCUAGAGUGCCUAUCAUGUGGAUGAGAAUAAAAGGUGAAAUCCAGCGUAUCAAGUUGGUGAGCUCUCCAUACAUCAAUUAGUUUGUGAGCCGACGUAAACUGAAAGAACAGUUUGUCCUGACCUCCCCGUCCCUGAGACCGCACUGAUCCUGACUUGUAGCUCCUGUCUAACGCUGGGCACGAAACAGCAUUACAAUCCCCACCUAUCAAGAGGCAGUCUGACGCUAUAAAAAAUAAUAAUUUGGCUUAUCGUGUCCCAAAAUCUAGUGUCAGGGACGUUUGGAGCAUAUAGAUUCAUUAGGUGUAGCUUACAGGGGCCCAUCAUUCCAGAAACCAAAAUAUACCUUCCUUCUUUAUCCUGAAUAGAGCUUAAUACUUUAAACUGGCAUCAUUUAUGGAACAAGAUAGCCACUCCGUUGUGUUUACGAAUGGCGUUCGAGCUAUAUGCUCUAUCAUACAUUUUAUCUGUCAAAGAUAGUACAUGAGAUCUGUUAAGGUGAUUUUCUUGUAGAAAAGCUAUAUCAACCUUCAUUCUUUUUAAUUCUUUAAACAUCAACUUUCUUUUUAUGGGUGAAUUCAGGCCUUUUACAGUUAAAGAAACUAUCUUAUCCGCCAUCAUGUUUUAUCCAGCAUCCAAGCAGUAUUUUUGCGCAAUAAAUGCAUAUAUCUAACAGGUCUAUAAGCAUGGUGCACACCAAAACAAACAAACUAUACUAACUAUAGUUAGUAUGUUAUUUCAUCGGUAUCUGUUUAAAGCUCUGGAGGCUUCAAUGCGGGAGCUCUCUACCUGAGCGUCUACCUACAUCAAGGAUCAGGCCAAAAAAAAUGAAAAAUAAUAGUAUCUUUAAGUCCAGGAAGAUCAUACUGUUUUCACUAAUCAUGUGGGUAAGUUGGAGGUAGAUAUUGUUUUGAUUCAGGUCCACCACAAGUUGUUCAAACAUUGGGAUUGAACCAGACUAUAGUAGCAGUAUGUCGUCUAUAUACCGGUACCAUUUUAGAAUAAAAGAUUGGUACCUAUUAUACUCUGAGGAGUUGAUGACACACUGCUCCCACCAGACCAAAAACAGAUUAGCGUACCUUGGGGCACAAGCUGUGCCCAUAACAGUCCCUGCUAGUUGUAAAUAAAACUUGCCAUCAAACAUAAAGUCAUUAUUUAUUUAUUUAUAAAAUAUUUUACCAGGAAGAAUACAUUGAGAUUUCUCUAGUUUUCAAGUAUGUCCUGGGACCACAAAACAUUGCAUUGAUACAACAGGGUACAAUAAAAUACAAAAACAAUAUUAAUAUACAAUGCAUUCAAAAUUUUACAUAGAAAAGGUAGGAAACAUAUAAUCAACCAUGACAGGUGCAUUAUUUUUUUAUAUAUAUAGAGAGGGAUCUCUUAAAGGACUUUAGACUUGGGGAAGAUUUAAAAGUGUGCAUCAUAAUUGUGGUGCUCAGGAAAAGGUGGAUCGAGCUGCUAUCUUUUUGUAUUGAGGUAGACUAAAUAAAGUGCUGGUACUGGAUCGGAUAUUAUAGGAGGUGGGAACAGCCGGGGAGAGCAUUUUGCUCAGGUAGGGUGGGAGCUUCCCAGAAAAGCUCUUAAACACAAGGCUGGAAAGAUGAAGGGUGCAUAUAUAGCAAUGGUGGUUCCUGUAAUUACAUUGUAGCACAAAUCGGCAAAACGAGUAAUACAAUGUAUCAUGUGGGUUUGCGGUGCAAGUGCAUAUACUACCUCUCCACAAUCAAUGAUGGGCAUCAGCAUUUGCUGUACAAUCUUUUCUUUUACUGUAGGGCUUAGGCAGGAUUUGUUUCUGUACAGGGCACCUAAUUGUGGAUAAAUUUUAGAUGCAAGUUUUUCUUUUUGGAGGUCAAAAGAUAGAUUGGGGUCUAACAAAAUACCCAAGUAUUUGAAAGAGUGGUCUACGGUCAGUGUGCUAUUUGAUUUUGCUUUGAUGCAUAGAUGGGAAUUGUGUAAUUUGCAUAAUUUAGGUGCCGUUCCAAAGAUCAUUGUGACAGUUUUGUCAGUGUUUAUGAAGAGUUUGUUUUUUGCGAUCCACUAUUCUACCUCUGUGAACUGGUCUUGGAGCACAGCCUCAAGCUGCAGUAGAUCGGAUUUGCUUGCAUAGAUUACUGUGUCGUCUGCGUACAUGUGUACAUUUGAGGAUUUGCAGACAUUAGGCAGAUCAUUUAUAAAUAAUGUGAAUAGUAGAGGGCCAAAAAUGGAACCUUGGGGAUCACCACACGUGACUGGGAGAGGGAGGGAGUUGCUGUCAGAAAUGGACACAUAUUGUGAUCGAUCCGAUACAUAUGAUCGAAACCAGAUUAGCGGAUGAUCACCAAUACCUGAUUUCUUUAGUUUGUGCAGUAGAAUGUCGUGGUUUACUGUGUCAAAGGCCUUUACAAAAUCAAGGAAAAUAGCUCCAGUUAGGCAAACUUUUAAGAGGGCAGUUGUAGUGGAGUAAUUCGAGCGAAAACUUUUUUGAUCAAGGGUCAGAUAGUUAGAUUGUUGGUAAUACUCACAUAGUUGCGUAUGGACACAGAUUUUUGACAAUACUGGGAGCAAUGAUUUUGGGCAAUAGAAACCAAAGUAAUGUCACCACCUUUAUGGAUAGGCACUACUCUCGCAGUCUUCCAAAGUUUGCGUAUGUAUCCAAACACCAAGGAUUUGUUAAUUAGGGUUGUGACAGGUUUAGCAAUUGCAGGCACACUGAGCUUCAACAGCAUUGCUGGGAUUUCAUCAGGUCCAGAUUGGUUUUUCAUUUUUAGAUUAUUAAGGUCUUUCUUAAUGACACUAAUAGGUACAGGUCUAAAUUUAACUUGUCUCUAUUGGGUCUUUGCAAAUUUAAUGGGGUCUGAUCCACAUUUGUAGUUUCAGGAUGUGUGUCAUUUAUUAGCUUGGCAAUCAGUGUGGUGCAGCAUCUGACAAAAUAAUUGUUAAAGGCAGGGGUGGACUGAGAACCCUCAGGGCCCACGGGCAAAAUAAAUCAAGUGCCCCCUUCCAGGCCACACCCACGUGGUGCCUCCAGCCACACCCUGGUCCCGCCUCCAUGCCCCGCCUCCAGCCUCACUGUCCCCUCACACACACACACACACACACACUGCAGCCCUCACACACAGCACAUCUCACACACUGCACCCCUCACAAACACACACACACACACAGUGCACCCCUCACAUACACUGCCCCCUCACACGCUGCACCCUUCACACGCACAGCACCUCUCACAAGCACACAGCACCUCUCACACACACCACCUCUAACACACACUGCACCCCUCACAAACACACACACACACACAGUGCACCCCUCACACACACUGCACCUCAAACACACACACACUGCACCCUCACACACACUACCUCCUCACACACUGCCCCCUCACUUCACCUCUCUCACAUUCACACACUACACUCUUCACAAACACAGCACCCCUCACACAUACACAGUGCCCCCUCACACACACUGUACUGUUCACACAUACACACUACACCCUUCACCCCACCACACAGCACCCUUCACACACACACAGCACCUUACAGACACACAUAGAAAAAAGUAGAAUAGAAAAUAGAAGGAAAUAGAUCAAUUUAAGUACAUAUAUAUAUAUAUAUAUAUAUAUAAAUACCUCCUUUCUAAAAAAAAUAAAAAUAAAUUGCACUUGCGCUAUAAAAUAAGUUACUGGUGGACGGUAAGGAAAUUUUGCCAUCAACAAAGAUACAAAAGUGGGCACUAGGUAUUAAAAGGUUUACUUCCCCUGGUCCAGACAAAGUGCUUAUAUCUCACCUUGUCUGUAUGUACUACAUGCACACAUACAUGGUUUUUAUAUCUCUAAUAACUGUUACCAUUAAGUAAUCAUUAUCAUUCAGUCUUUAAACGUUAUUUCUAUAAUGCAGUUUGUAUGUUGAUUCUGCUGAUAAUCCAUUUUGAUUUGCAGGGAGUCGACGCAGUUUGUGGGUGCGGAACUGGCAUAUUUGGAAUUAUUUUCGAGAUUACUUCCCCAUACAGGUCUACGCACUUACAUAUAUAUAUAUUUUAUAUAAGAUGCCAAAAUACUGGACUAAUACAGCUAAUCCAAUCUACACUAUUUUAUAUAAUUAAUACAUGCUGCCUUAUUUACAAAUGUCUUAGUCUUUCUCACAAAUUCUACAUCUUUCACCUCAUCUCAAUUAUCUGUUUACUCUGUACUCCAACCCAUCUUCUCCUCUCCCUCAGUCAUCAGUUCCUCUUAUACAGCCAUGGAAACAUGCCCUCAAAAUGAAAAAAAUCAUCAAACAAAAAUAAACAUCCCCCAGUCCUGUGAGUUAAUAAAAUAGGCCUUCUUCUUUGCACAUUACUCCUACAUCAUUAGUAUGUCUUUCUGAAUUGUUAUUGGCUGGGUUUAGUGAAAGUUAGUUUAUUUCUAAGAGCCACGUUAGGGUGCCCAGUUAACACCGCCCAUAAGUCUAUUUUUUAUGCCAUAUUAAAUAUAAUAUAUAUAUUUAUAUUUAAUAUGAGAGUCGCUGCCCCUAUUAAUUACAUUGUUAGCUUGGGGAGAGAGCAAAAAUCUAUACCAAAACAUAAAACCAAGUAAAUAUUUUUUUGCAUCAACAUAUAAUCGGGGCAACCACGAUUCCCAAUAUGAAUGAGGCUGGGCUGUAAACAAUUAUAUUUAGAUUCCUAUAUAUAUGGGGAUGGUUGUUAGAUGUGGUUUGCUGACGGACCAUGGAUUCUGCAGGCAUAAGUGAUCAAUGGUUUCCACCACACCUUAGGGUGUUUUAACAAGUGUAAUAAAAUAGCAGUUAUAUAAUUUUUGGCAUUUAUUAUUUAUUUAUUGAUGCCAUCCUUCCUAAAUAAUUAAUAAGAUGUAAUAAUAAUAGGUAAUAAUAAUAGUAAUAGUGGAUCAAUGUAGAUAAAUGAAAAUGUCAGUUGCCUGGAAGGCCACUCUCAUUUUAUUUUUAUGGUUUUAUUAACUUCCAGGUAGUGGGAGUUAAUUUUUCCCCAGUUCUCUUUCUGUGUUUUUCUGACCUUUCUUUUCAUCCUUUUCAUUUUCUUAGAAGUUGUCUUCUGUUCUUGCAGUUGGUGAAAACUCACAACCUCCCUCCUGGGCGAAAUUAUAUCAUCGGAUCACAUCCUCAUGGCAUAUUGUGCAUUGGGGCAUUCUGUAAUUUUGUCACUGAGUCUACUGGCUUUUCCCAAAAAUUCCCUGGAAUUCGUCCUUACUUGGCGACAUUGGCAGGAAACUUCCGAUUGCCCAUUCUACGCGAGUAUAUGAUGAGCGGAGGUGAGUUUAAUGCUGAAAUGGCUGCAGAGAGAGGCACAAAUCAAUAUUUUUUUUUAUGAAAACUUUUUUAUUCACUCUGCAAUUUAACAUUGACAUUAUAAAGAUAGGUCCGUUUGAAAGCUUCCAAACCAGUGAAAGCCCUAGUGUUUGGUGUAGCUUAAAGAUGUUUAGCACUCUGACUUGUUGGCCUCUGCCCUUAAAAUCCCAUGCAGUCAACCCCUGACCUAAUGGGAUGUCUUGUCCUGUUCAACACCAUAAACCUGUAGAUAAAUGUACUUGGGAAACAACAACUAAUUUACAGAGAUACUAGUGCACCCAUUAUACUGCUUUCCAAUGAUAACUCUAAAACAUGGAACAAUAAAGAAACCUGUUCUUUAGGUCCUAAAGUUUAGGACAUCCAGGAUCUGAUGGCUCGAUGUAAAACCAAUAGGUCAUUCCUAUAAUAAUGGACUACGCAUAUCUAAGAAUUUUAUAUAAAGAAAAUGGGGCAUUUAAAAAUAUGCUCCAAAAUCGUGACAUGAUUACCUGAUCAGACUGAGCAGUGUCUCCAGCUAUGACUAAGGGGUGAGGGGGGAGGACUAAUAACAACAGAGUCAGACACAGCAUUUUUUUCCCCAACACACACUUAUCAUUAGUCUUUUCCAUGAUAAGAAAUUCAAUUUUUUUAAGUGCAACAAAAACAGUGUGCAAAUGAGGGGGAAAGGUGGGAACCACUCUAGUUUCUGUUUAUGCAGUUUGUCAUAGAAGCCCCUGUGCCACAGCCUGCUGGAGAGGCAUAACAGCUAGCCUCCUGCCCACAGACAAUGGGCCUGGUAACAGACUUUAAAAUGAUAUAUAGAAUGUGGGGAUAUGUUGUAUAAUUGUCAAGUAUUUUUGUAAAAGGUGGAAAUAAAUAAAAGCUAUUGAGUUAAUUAUAUUAUGUUACAGCUGUUGUGCAAUGUGUCUUGGUUUCCAGCAGGAAAUUAAGUUAUCAUGUCUUGACCUAAUUUUAUCUUAGACACCAAUAGUGGUUUUCAUUGUUCUGGCUAAAGACCCCCCUGGUGUGUGUAGGGGAAUGUGACAGACUGCCUGGCACUCCGGCCGAGUGCCUCUGCCAAUCGAUGCUCCUAGUACUCACCGAGGAAUUCCAGCACUCCACCAGACACCAUAAGCACUCUAGACUCCAUGAAUCACUGCAGCUUGGUUGGGGUCUCGCCGUCUCCUACCCAACAUGGAGCCUUUUAAAGUGUACUGGGCAAGGUAUAUUGCAGGGCCCAUAGUCACAGGGUAGGAGGCAAGCAAACAGGCCGCUCCAAAAACCAGUGGCGAGGUCACUUUCACCACAUAUCUCCCUCCCUAAGGGGAGACUAACCAGGUACCUGACCUCCUGUCGGUCGGUGCCUGAGUUAGUCGAGUAGCCCAUAAGCAAAUACUGAUACUCCUGGAUUCUCGGUUGCUCUCUGGCUGGUAGCUGGUGUUACUUGGUGGGCAGAGACCAGCGUUACAGCUGGGUAAUUGAAAGGGGUGCCAGUUCUAGGAUUAAGGGUAAGGGGAGGGCAGAGGCCAACUAUGCUCUGCCCUGUUGCUAGUGCUUCUGCUGGGGUGGCCUGCGGGUAUUCAGGCCCUGGACAAAGGUAAAUGGGACGGCAGAGGCCAACAGUGCUCUGCCCUGGUGCCAGCGCUUCUGCUGGGGAGACUAGUACAUAGUCCUGCCCUGUAACAAGGGCAUACUGCCCCGAUGCCAGAUCUUCUGCUGGGAUGGAUUCAGCGAAUACCACCCCCAGGACCCCCAGGUUAACUAAAAAAGCAGGAAGGUGAGUUUAAGGGAGAGGAGACAACCGGUCUCUCUCCCCAGUGGCAGUGUAUACUGCAGGGAGGGGAGACAACCGGUCUCACUCCCCAGAGGCAGUGUGCCUUGCAGGAAGAGGAGACACAGGAGACAACCGCUGUGGAGACUGUGGAGAGGAGGGAUCACCUACCUCCUCUUCCUGGCAUUCCUGUGGGGUUGGUUGGGGUCUGGACCAGCCGUCCAGCAUCCCUGUAGAUCUGGUGCGGUCCCAUCUGCACCAUCGGGGUCAGGAGUGCUGUCCCCCUGUGGUUGGGGAGGAGGGUCAGUUGUCUCCUCUCCCAGUAUCUCCAGCUGCUGUUGGAGAGAGAGACCGGUUGUCUCCUCCCCCUGCAAGGCACACUGCCUCUGGGGAGGAAGGCUGGUUGUCUCCUCUCCCGGAAACUCACCCUGCCGCUGGGGAGUGAGACCGAUUGUCUCCCCUCCCUGCAGUAUACACUGCCGCUGGGGAGAGAGACCGAUUAUCUCCUCUCCCUGAAACUCACCUUCCUGCUGGGGAGGAAGGACGACACCUUCUGCUCCCUGUACUGUAUACUGCUGCUGAGGAGAGAGACCGGUUGUCUCCUCUCCCUGUAGGAUGCACUGCCGCUGGGUCGAGAGACCAGUUGUCUCAUCUCCCUGUAGGAUGCACUGCUGCUGGGAAGAGAGACCGGUUGUCUCCUCUCCCUAUAAGAUGCACUGCCUACUAAGGAGAGAGACCGGUUGCUUCCUCCCCCUGUAGGAUGCACUGCCGCUGGGGAGAGAGACCGGUUGUCUCCUCUCCCUGUGAGAUGCACUGCCGCUGGGGAGAGAGACCGGUUGUCUCCUCUCCCUGUGCCAUACACUGCCGCUGGGGUGAGAGACCUACUGUCUCUUCUCCUGAUAACACACAUUGCCGCUGGGGAACAAGACCGGGUGUCUCUGUUCCCAGGACCUCACACUACCGUAAGGGAGUGAGACCGGUUGUCUCUCCUGCCUGUAACAUACACUGCAGCUGGGGAGAGAGACCGGUUGUGUCCACUCCCUGUAACACCUCCAUCUGGGGUUGGAUCUGGAUCUGGGCUGGCUGCUCAGCAUCCCUGUAGGGCCGGUGGAGAGACCUCGGUCCCAUCUCCACCUGCCAACUGGGGGACUUCCCAGGGCCAGUCGAUAAGGUCUCUUAUCUCCGGGGCUGGUUGGGAAGUAGGUGGUACAGUACCCAGGACUCCUGAUGACAGGCUUAGUUGCUGGGGAGGAGGGACGAAACUCAACGCUCCCGGUGGUUUACAGUCCAUAAGCCCCACCAUGUCAGAGACAGUUGGUGUUACUCGGUUAAAUAGGUGAACAUAGUCCUGCUCGAGCUCCCACUCCAGGUUAACCAAAAAAGUGAGAUCUGGUUGCAUUUCCGCAAUCUCCAUAAGGCCCAAGCUGUCUUCCCGCUCAUCUCGUAUGCACCAGAAGUGGGAACUGUCUGGGUCUCCUAACGCCAUACCAUCUUCAAAAACCUCCCACAAAAGACCAGGGCCAUCGUAGUACUCUCCCUCGAUGCAUUGGAGAUUGACCCGCCCCUGGUAGCUAAUGAAUGCAUGCCACUGCAAGGCCCAGUAUGAUUCGUCCAACCAUACUUCAGUCAUGACAAGCCUCUCCAGGUCUCUUACCCAUUCCUCUGAGGGCUGGUUUCACAGAAACGGCAUCCGCAGCUCUAGCUGUUCUGCUUGGUGCUGGUCGGUGGUCAGGAUUUCCUCACUCCGGAAGGGUUGAAUUUCGUCGAGGUCCUUCUUCCAAUGAUCGGUUCGAAGUGCCACCCUCCACUCUGUCUCUCUAUCCUCUGGGAUGGGGUGAUCCAUACUGUGCAGCACAUCCCGAAGUCGCUGCUGGAGCCUGGCAUCGAAGCUGGACACUGACCGGCAGUACUUGCCUUCCAUACUGCAGUAGUGCUGGUUUUCCCAAGGCUAGGAAGCCAUCCCACCGCUGCCACCAAAUAUGACGAACCGCCUGGCACUCCGACCGAGUGCCUCCGCCAAUCGCUGGUCCUAGUGCUCACCGAGGAAUUCCAGCACUCCACCAGACUCCACAAACUGCCGCAGCUUGGUUGGGGUCUCGUCGUCUCCUACCCAACCUGGACCUACGACAAGGCUCCAGGUUCCAGUGGGUGAACCUCUCUCGCUCCAGAGAGUCAAGCAGGAACAGCUCUUACAAGAUUUUAGUGAUUAUACUCAGGGGAGUAUAGGGAUUAUAGAAAUCCCUAGAGUGUAGUUCUCCAAUCCCCCAAACAUGAGCCAAGACUUCAUGAAGGUGCAAGAUGAUCUGAUCUUUAAUGGUUCAGGUUGGCUUUUAUACAAUUCUCCAGGCCAGAAGAACACCUCCUGGACCUGAUGGGACACAGGAGCACAAAGGACACAAACCAAUCAGAACAAACAUACAGUCUGUGACACGCCCAUGUACAGCACACAAUCCCUCCCCUCUGCUUGGGAGAUAAUUGAGUAAAGUUCUGUAAUUAACUCAAUUAUCUCCAGGCAGAAAAACCACAUUUUCACAAAGUUCAGAAAGUACCCCAAAACACAACAUAUCCCCAUAAGUUACAUCCUCGGAUAGCCCUGAUCUGGGUGAACAACAUCCAAAAAUCACCCAGAUCAGAGCAGGAGUUCAAAAGUUUCAUGGAAGUCUCUUUUUGUCUCUUUAUGGAGUACAAAAGUACUCCAUAAAGGAGUAUGGAAUGGAGCCUUUUAAAGUGUAUUGGGCAAGGUAUAUUGCAGGGCCCAUAGUCACAGGGUAGGAGGCAAGCAAACAGGCCGCUCCAAAAACCAGGGCGAGGUCACUUUAGCCACAGGGAAUAAAUACAUAUGUUUUUUCCUGAAAUAAACAGUUAACUUGUUUUACCGAACAUGACUGGUUUCGUCCACUAUGUUAGGGGAAUGCUACAAGUUACAAAAGGGCUAAAAUCACUGUCUCCUUCAGCUAUAAUCACUGAAUGCUGCAACCACAUUCAAGGCUAGCGGAGGAUUACUAGAAGGGACAUUAAGCAACUGUUUCUACCCGUGACACAGUUCUAGCCACACCUCCCCUUCCCACACAGCCUUCAUUAAAAAAUGGUUUCAUUUCAACCAGACCUUACAGCACAGAGUGUUUACUUUAGAAGUUAGUAUCUCCGGCUCUAUUACUUGAACUUUAAUCACACACAGGAGACUGCUGCAGGAUCCAGCAGGCUAUUAAGAGAGCAGGAGAUAAGAAAUUCUAAAUUUAACAGACUGUGCAACAAGGUAAGCUAAAAAUGAUACAUCUCUUUACAGGAAGUGUGUAGGGCAGCUGUGUAAGUCACACACAGCACUGCAUAAACAGAGCUAUUUUAAAUGACAGGUAAUUGAGCAGUGAGACUGCAGGGACAUGAUCUAUACACCAAAACCACUUCAUUAAGCUAAGUUGUUUUGGUACUUACAGUGUCAAAUUAAAUAAAACCUCCCAAAAGUGAAACAAACAAUAUGUAAUUUCUUUAAAUAUGUAAAAAGUUCCUACAUAAUAAAGUAAAACAUAAACAUGGUAACAAUACACAAAAGUGUCUCAUUACCUUCAAAGGAGAAGAUCAUACACCUCCUACCAGUUAAUAAAAAAAAUGUACCUGCCUGUAGAUACAUUGCAGGAAGUGAAAGUUAAAAAGCACAAGUAAUGGAUUGCUUAGGACUGAGCAGAGAUGUCAGCACCAUGGGCAUCUGCAUGAAUUUUUCCAGGGGGGCAGGGCUGGUGGAGGGCAUAAUUGUAAUGACAUCCAUGCUCGGACCCUUUUUGGAGGGCCAGACUGGGGAUACAAAGUAGCCCUGGACAAAAAUGCAUGCAAGCCAUUGUGCCUGUGCCAUGUAGUGUGUGUAUCUAUCUAUCUAUCUAUCUAUCUAUCUAUCUAUGUAUCUAUCUUAUUGGUAUGUUUCUUUUUCUUAUUCAAAAUAUUGUUUAUUUCAGUGUUAAAAAUGUAAUUUCACAGUAAGCAUCUCAUAUGCAGACACAGACAAUCUGACUGACACAAGCACACAAACUCAUUAUACACAGGCUCACUGGCACACACAGACAAGCUUAUUGGUACACACACACAAAUUUGAAAAAACCCUGACACCAACAAAAUGUUACUACUGACAAACUCAUUGGUAUACAAACACAAACUUACUACAGACAAGUUUGCUGUUACAUACACACUUGCUCACUACAGACAAGCUCACUGACACACACAUGCUUACUAUAGACAAGCUCAGUGACACGCAUGCUCCCUACAGACAAGCACACUACAGAAAAGCUCAUUGACAUGCACACAUGCUCACUACAAAAAAGCUUACUGAAACACACUGACACACACAUGGUCACUACAAAUUCACUGACACACAUGCUACCUACAGACAAGCUCACUGACACACACAUAUGCUUACUACAGAAAAUCUCACUGACACACAUGCUCACUACAGACAAAUAGACACACACACACGUUCACUACAGAUAAGCUCAUUGUCACACACAUGCUCACUACAGACAAGCUCACUGACACACACAUGCUCACUACAAACUGACUGACACACACACAUGCUCACUACAGACAAGCUCACUGACACACAUGCUCCCUACAGACACACUUACUGACAUAUGCUCACUACAGACAAACUCAUUGACACACACACAAGCACACUACAAGAUCACUGACACACGGACCUCACACACACACACAUGCUCACUACAGAAAAUUUCACUGACACACACAUACUUACUACAGACAAGCUCACUGACACACAUGCUCCUUAGAGACAAGCUCACUACAGAAAAACUCAUUGACAUGCACACAUGCUCACUACAAAAAAGCUCACUCACACACACAUGUUCAUUACAAACUCUUUGACACACACACAUGCUCACUACAAACAAGCUCACUGACACACAUGUUCCCUACAGACAAACACACUGACAUACACACAAGCUCACUACCGACAAGCUUACUGACACACAGAUAUGCUUACUACAGAAAAGCUCACUGACACACACAUGCUCCCUACAGUCAAACACACUGACACACACACAAGCUCACUACAAACUCACUGACACACACACAUGCUCACUACAGAAAAGCUCACUGACACACAUGCUUCGCCACUUGUUCUUGGAGAGGACUGCUUUCCAGCCUCUUGCCUUGUGACUAUGGCUACUGGGAUGUAUUGCCCUUUAAAACAUUAUUUGGGCUUAUGGACUUUUAUUGGACUGUUUCUGGCCCUUUAAAUGCUCUGGGUAAAGAUCUGCACUUUUGCUAUGGCACUUCGGAUACAGCCGAAGUGCCGAAGUAGUCGAAGUGACCGCCAUUUGAAAAACGAACACGUGGCGGCGGCCAUUUUAUUUUAGCCAAAUGCGGUCACAGCGCUGAAGUUUUACCUUCUUUUGGAUAUGUUGUUUCCAUAAUUAUGCUGGUUCUAUAAAUGUAAGUUUUAUGCGAAGUUGUAAAAAGUAUAUUUUUCUGCCUGUGGUAAUUACGUUAGUCCAUUGUGUUGAGGUAAUUGUAUCAGAGGCAGAGGGAAGGGUUUGUGUGCAUUAGCUGGGAGUGUCUGACUGUACUGUACAUUGUUGAUUGGCUGUUGCAACUUUUUGUCCUGUGUACCACAAGGUCUACGUGGGUGGUAACCUUGUGGAGAAAUGUGUAUAAAAGAAACAAUAAAGCCCCAGCUCAGUCUGUUCCUGCUUAACCCUCAAUCUAGAGUCUUGCCUCUUUAUUGGGGGAGUUGCUAUAUCACUACAAGGGAUUGCUAUGCUCUGCAUAUUCCCUUGGAUAAUCACUACUAAGCUUUUUCCAAGGGGCGGCAAAAAAAGCCGCCCCCAAAUGCCCAGGGCAAAUAUCUUGUUAGCCUUGCGGCUAACUGACAUGCCGGUUGGGUGGGCAGCACUGGCGAGGGAGCAAUUCCCUGAGCUGUCUGCUCAGCUCCCUCGCGCGCCGCAGAGUGAGGCUGGGAGCCGGAAUAUGACGUCAUAUUCCGGUUCCCGGCAUCACUCUGCGGCACGCGAGGGAGCUGAGCAGACAGCUCAGAGAAAGUGCCCCCUUGCCAGCCGCCAGCCAGCGCCACCCGCCCAGCAGCCACUGCACACCCAGGGAGAGAGGGAACCCCCCUCCCCCCAGCAUUCCCAAAGGUAAAUGUGUUAAUGUGAGUGAGUGUGUGUAUGUCUGUUAGUGUCUGUUAGUGUGUGUGUCUGUUAGUGUGUGUGUGUGUCUGUUAGUGUGUGUGUGUCUGUUAGUGUGUGUGUGUGUCUGACUGUGUGUGUGUGUGUCUGUUAGUGUGAGUGUGCUUGCCUGUGAGUGUGUGUGAGUGUGUCUGUUAGUGUGUGUGUGUGUGUUUCUGUUAGCUAGUGUAUGCGUAUCUGUCAGUGAAUGUGUGUGUGUGUGUGUGUGUGUGUGUGUAUUUAGAAGAUGGGGCAGGGGGAAGGGUUGGGUGGGAGUGGCGGGGAAGGGGCGCCUGAGUUUUGUCCUGCCUAGGGCAGCACAAAACCAGGAUACAUCACUGGUCACACACACAUGCUCACUACAGACAAGCUCGCUGACACACGCACAUACUCACCGACACAAGGUCACUUACAGACAAACUCACUGACACAUAUACAAAUGCUCACUACAGACACGCUCACUGACACUCACAUUCUCACUACAGAAAAGCUAGCUGACAAACACAUGCUCACUUACACACUUGCUCACUACCGACAAGUCCACUGACACACACAUAUGCUUACUACAGAAAAGCUCACUGACACACACAUGCUCCCUAUAGACAAACACACUGACACACACAAAAGCUCACUACAAACUCCCUGACACGCACACAUGCUCACUACAGAAAAGCUCACUGACACACAUGCUCACUAGAGACUGUGACGAAGUGCCCUUCGCCACUUGUUCUUGGAGAGGCCUGCUUUCCAGCCUCUUGCCUUGUGACUAUGGCUACUGGGAUGUAUUGCCGUUUAAAACAUUAUUUGGGCUUAUGGACUUUUAUUGGACUGUUUCUGGCCCUUUAAAUGCUAUGGGUAAAGAUCUGCACACAUGCUCACUACAGAAAAGCUCACUGACACACAUGCUCACUAGAUACAAACUCACUGACACACACACAAGUUGACUAAAGACAAGCUCAUUGUCACACACACAUGCUCACUACAGACAAGCUCGCUAACACACGCACAUGCUCACCGACACAAGGUCACUUACAGAUAAGACAAACUCACUGAUACAUAUAUACGCAUGCUUACUACAGACACGCUCGCUGACACACACAUGCUCACUACAGAAAAGCUAGCUGACACACACAUGCUCGCUUACACACUUGCUCACUACAGACACACUCACUGACACACACAAGCUCACUACAGACAAGUUAACUGACACACACAUGCUCACUACAAACUCACUAACACACACAUGUUCACUUACAGACAAGCUCACUGAUACACACACACACAAACAAACUCACUCACUAGCAGACACACACACACACACGCACAAACAAUCACAAUCUCUGUUAUGGGCUGAAGCCUACCUGUCUAGCUGUGGGAGACUGGAAGCACUGGGAAGUGAACUGGCCUGUUCCUUCCGGCAAGGUCAGCAGAACAAAUGCAGCCAGUCCACCCCAAUGCACCUCCCUCCUGCUGGCCCCAGGUGCUGCGACCCUGUGUGGAGGGGGCAAGUCGAAAAAUCCCCCCCCUGCCCCUUCCUGCAGACGCCCAUGGUCAGCACUAUCCCCCCCACGAAAUGUGCACUUAGAUAUUGCAUAGUAAGAGGUCUAGACCUAGGGAUUUCCUAUUAGGCAAGAGGGCCAGGACAAUGUCCCUAUUCUUUCACCCCAUGGGAAGUUAAAAUGUAAAUUUAAAGUUUGCUUAAUUUAAAAGGACAUUAAAUUGAUGUAUAUAUUGUGUUAACAAAUAAAUAUAUUGGGGGAAAAACCUAUACAAAAAUACCUGUUUAUCAAUUCUUAAGCAAAAAUUUGUCACAGACCUCUAUAGACAGUGCUACCUAGUGAAAGUAACCAUUGGAAAUAGCCUCUGCUAGGCUGAGCAAUUUAUCUGGGUCUGGAAACCCUUACUAUCACAUAUCCAUCAUUUCCAUGUGGGGAUUGUGGUGGGGGUUGCCUUCCUGGGCCGUGGUGCCUGACUUUUGUGGCAUGUCGGUGGAUGCCGGACGCUUCUGAUCCAUGCCAAUUUAUAGCCCCACGUCCGCCCACGGUAAUGACGACGCCGACAUGCGUGUGACGUCAUGCAAAUAACGCACAUGCACGUUUUGGGGUCAAAGGUCAAGUACUGCCAAUCAGAUUUGCAGGAGGGUUAUUUAAACUAAUUUUCCUUCCACCCAUUGCCCUGUUGUCAUUUCACUUUGCUGGUUAUCUAAGAGUGUUUUCCUGAUCAUAUUAUUCUGGUUUUUGACUUCGGCUUCAUUUUGACUUCCCUGAUUUCUUGUAUCCUUAACUUUUGGCUUUCCCUCAUCAUUGUGUCUCAUUCUGUAUCUCUGACCUUGGCAAGUAUGUUGACUAUUCUUGGGUACGUUAAGUCCGGCCAUUCUAAGGUCUGGUGACACGUUAUCCUAGAUGUGAUACUAUUUCUGCACGCUGGAUCAACUAGUAAUCCUGACACUUACGCUGCCAUGGACUUAUGCACUAACACGUUCUGCCUUCCUUGGCUCUGUGUAAACUCAGCCACCGGAAAUACUUAAAGAAAUCGCACCAUUCAGAUGGAGAUCAAAGAGCAUUCAAAAGUUUUAAUGCAUGUACAUCGUAUAUAUAUACACAACACAGUUUGUCUAGGGGUGUUUACAUCAACGGGAAUAUUAACCAAUCAUAGGAGUCUCAGAACCAAAAGUGUAAUUUUUCAUUUAACAUUACGUAUUGCUGUUAGUCUACUGCGCAUGUAUACCACGUCUUAUCUUUCAUGGGAAAGAAAAGGGAAAGAAAAGGGAGGCAACUGCAUAAGGUUGCAGACAUGAGUAGGAGAAAAAAAAUCUAACUUUUAACCCCUGCAGACGUUGAAUGACUUAACUAAGGCAAAGGCUUUAAUCCUUUUUUUUAACUUUAUCUAUGACAAGUCCCAUCAUUCAGCCGAAGAGGAGGAGAAGAGGGAGGAGAGCAUCCCUUCCGGCGCUGGGGAAAGAGGUAAGUUUAACCCCUUCCUCUCCCAGAGCCCGGCGGGAGGGGGACCCUGAGGGUGGGGGCACCUUCAGGGCACUAUAGUGCCAGGAAAACGAGUAUGUUUUCCUGGCACUAUAGAGGUCCUUUAACCGUUAGACAAGCUUCUGAAGCUGUGUCCUUAAGGGGUUAAUCUCUUACUGCAAAAUCCUAACUUUAGGCCUUUGUUCCCAAUAAUGAAUAGAGCUAGGGCAAUAUUACCUAAACAACACACUCCCUGCUUGUUUAUAUCCUCUUCAGUUUGCUGAAAUAUCUUCUAAUAAGGUCUUCCAGCAAAAUGCUUUUAAUUUACCGAUACAAAUAGAUUACAAUUGCCUCACUUAUAAACGUACUAAUUUCAACAUAAAUUCUCUGAUCAUUAUUAAAAUAUCAUUUCACCAUCGCUAUGAUCAAUGAGGUACACUAAAUGAACCUUAUUUCAGAUAAACCAUACUACCCUCUCUUUUUUUUUUUUUUUUUAAUGGUGCCAGGACCAUGAUAAGGAUAAGUAUGUAGCUGAUUAAUAAAUAAUAUUUAUCAUGUAAGAGGACAGGUUGCUUAGUACCUAAAUCCCACCCACCCAUGUAACAAAGAUGAAAGGGAUCAAUGCAGUGUAAAGAAUAAGUAUAUAGCAAAAUGCCAAUACACCAAUAAAUAUGGAGAACAUAUUUCUUAACACGAACAAAACAAUGUACUUUUUUUUAAUGGUCUUUUAAAGAAAAAAAUUAACUCUGAGUUGAACAAUACUCCCCUAAUAGCAAUUCUUUAGAAGGGAGAGCUAUCUCCUUGUCCAUGCAUUCUGUUUUCAAGGGAAGAUUCACAUUCAGGAUUAGUCACUUUACAAUUGGAAAUGUGGAUCCACGAUUUGAUCAGCUGCAGAUUUGUGAGGCCCCUUUCACAUAAGAUGUAACAAGCGCUUUUCUUGCAAAGUCUUAUAUCAUGAAAAAUCCCCAGGAGUGAUAGCAUGCAAUGCUAUCAUUCUUGUCGGCUGUACAGCAUGUGACCUGUUUUAAAAACACUAAGGCUUGUGUUAAUGACAUGCAAAUAUUCCUCAUUGUACUAUUUAAACUCAUAGACAAUAUACAAGGACACAUAACAAACCAAUUCAUUACAAAACAUAGAAUUCAUACUCAACAAUCAUUGCAAUAUGAUUCCAGUUGUCAUCCAAUAAAACAGAAAACAACAGACGUAGUAGAUAUCAGAGCCGGUGGGCCGUCGGCACCUGGGGCCGGGCAGACACCUGGGUCUGCUGGCGGCUGCUGGGGGAGGUCUUCUGGUGGCCGCUGGGGGAGGUCUUCUGGCGGCCGCUGGGGGACUUGUACUGGCGGCCGCUGGGGGAGCUGCGCUGUCUCUGCUCCCCAGCGCGCAGCUUAAUGAGACAGGUGCCGGAAUAUGACGUCAUAUUCCGGCCCCGGUCUCAUUCAGCAGUGCGCGAGGGCGGGAGAGCAGAGCCAGCGCAGCUCCCCCAGCAGCCGCCAGUACAAGUCACCCAGCGGCCGCCAGCAGACCUCCCCAGCGGCCGCCAGAAGACCUCCCCCAGCGGCCGCCAGCAGACCUCCCCCUGGCAGGUAUUAGUAAAGUGUCAGUGUGAGUUUGUCUGUCUUUUAUGGUGUGUGUGUCUGUCUUUGUCAUGGUGUCUGUCUGUAUGGUGUGUGUGUCUGUCUGUGUCAUGGUGAGUUCAAUUAACCUUGAGGGAAUGGGCAUAUCCCGCAACGCAUUACAUCCCAUCCUCAUCCCCCUAGUGCCCCAGACCCACCAUUAACUACCUCCCGGAGGGCAACCUAUCCCUAUGGCUGCAAGGCGGGCAUAUAACUCAGCACACUGAACCUGGUCAAAGCCACAUAACAUAUUAUAAGAAACAGAAGAAACAUAUGAAGGAUAUUCAAGUGUGGGUAGUAGCUCUGUCAGAAGCCGUUAUGCCCAUUCUCCAGUCAGUCUUAGACUUCAGGUAGCAGUCCACUCUGGGGACAUUCUAGGGACCUGAGAGGUCUAUUGCCUGUGCAGCAUCUGGUACUUUCAGCCUCUUCAUGCCCGCCUCCACUGUUGGCACCACAUUAAAGGACCACUAUAGUGCCAGGAAAACAUACUCGUUUUCCUGGCACUAUAGUGCCCCUCUGGAAAGGGGAAAAGGGGUUAAACUUACCUUUUUCCAGCGCUGGGCGGGGAGCUCUCCUCCUCCGAUCCUCCUCCGUUCCUCCUCCUGGGCUGAAUGCGCAUGCGCGGCAAAAGCUGCGCGCGCAUUCAGCCGGUCACAUAGGAAAGCAUUCAUAAUGCUUUCCUAUGGACGCUGGCGUGCUCUCACUGUGAAAAUCACAGUGAGAAGCACGCAAGCGCCUCUAGUGGCUGUCUGAAACUGCUAUGUUUAUAAAAAAAUGGGUUAACCCUAGCUGGACCUGGCACCCAGACCACUUCAUUAGAAGAUUAAGCUGAAGUGGUCUGGGUGCCUAGAGUGGUCCUUUAAGGCUGUCACAGUGAUACACUAGUAGCUUCGCUGGGUACCCCCAGUGGUAGUUUACAUUCUGUGCUGUGAGGAUUGUCGUGAUGGGGAGCAUACUCUUCCGGAAGAGGAGUGUUGCGGCUGAGAGAUCUGUGAAGACUUUGAUGUCCUUAUACAGUUCAGGUGUUCUAUCAGUCUGCUAUACCCCGUCAGAUUGUAUAGCAGACUGAUAGAAUAUCAUAUAUCAUAGAAUAUCAUAUCAGGGUUCCUGCAGGCCCGCACCAGCCUCUCCUUAGCAUGGAAGAAAUGCACUCGUACAACAACAUCUCUGGCUGCAGUUGGCGGUAGGUGUUUUGGCCUCCGGAGCCUAUGCGCCCUGUCCACUAUCAGUUUAUCAGGAUGCGUGCAAGGGGUGAGUGCCUUCGGGAGAAGUCUCUUAAAGGUCUGUGCUAUAUCAGGAAUUAAGUUAUUAAUCAGCGUGGUGACAAACAUACCCUUAACUUCAUCAUGGAGGGGUAAGCAGCACUCGUCAGUCCAACACUUGUGAAAUCUCUUGGCUAAAGCCCCUGUGGACUAAUUUGCUUUUUGUUUGCAAGCAAUGGCAGAAAUCAUGCUCUGUCUAUCCCCAUGUGCCUUCUUGAAAUGUGCCCGGUAUGUGUCCCCACAUACUGUCUAGCUGGACAGGGGUAAAAAUAUCCUAUCUGGUUGAAAUGGGUUUGUUAGGAUCCAGUAAUUGUUCAGUUGCAGCUAACCAAUCAGUAUCAUCAUGCGUAAUAAUCAUAUUAACCAACAUGAUAUAGUCAUUGGGCAGCAGAAACUGACCCGUAGUCGCUUUCUUAAGGUAGGAUACUGCAGAUGUAGGUUGCUUCACGGGGGGUCCAGACAUCAUUUUGCCCAUGUGGUUAAUUGGGUCAUAUCAGGUGGUUUCACUAUGGGCUGCUCCCCAACUAACAAGUAGGGCCCCUUAAAAGCAAGUGUUCCGGGGGGGCGUGGCCAACGGCCGACCGGGAAAGGCGCAUGGAGUGAGAGCUCCCAGGCCGACGGACCCAAACAGCACAGACAGCCGUGACUGACUCACGAAUCCCGGCCCUGCAGCACUCCACCGAGCAACGAGAGCUCACAUGGCGCCCUCCAAGCAGCUGAAAAUCACGGACCCGAUCAGGUCCGCUAAAAAAGACCGCCUCCGCUCCAGCCAAGAUGGCGACGGCAGCAUGGCGACGGCCUCCAGUGCUGAAGAUCAGCCAGACACAGGAGACCCCACAGGUCGCUACACGGACAACCCGGUGAGUGAGAGAAGUCUCUAUACCAUGCUACAAGAGCUCAGGGCUACCUUGCAUGCAGACUUCCAGCUAAUGGUGACAGAUUUUAAACAGGACUUGUCUGAGCUAGGAGACAGAACAGACAGACUGGAAGUCCGCACAGAAGAAAUAUGUUCAGCUCACACUGACAUGGAGGCUAAACUACAAGCUCUCAGUGGGGAACAAAAGCAGCUAAAGAGGAAAAUGGCGGACAUAGAGGAUCGCUCUAGGCGCAAUAAUGUCAGGUUUAGAGGAAUCCCUGACAACGUCACACAUGAGGCUCUGCCCGACUACAUUAAAGGUUUAUGCCAGGCCGUGCUGCCAGAGAGGGUCACUACGGAGUGGCAGCUGGACCGAGCACACCGACUGCCUAGACCACAACGCUUCACAGCAGACACCCCACGCAAUGUAGUGGUCAGGUUCCACUAUUACACAGCAAAAGAUUCGCUGCUGACCGCCGCGCGCAAACUUUCACCGCUACCUGAACCGUUCCAGGGGGUGCAACUGUACGUAGACCUAUCCGCUCUCACAAUGAGCCGAUGGAGGGAAUUCAUCUCGGUCACAUAGACUCUCCGCAACCACGAUGUCUCAUACCGCUGAGGCUAUCCCACUAAAAUUAUCAUUUGGAGGAACAACAAAAACCACGUUGUCGAGGAACCAGAGGACGGAAUGCGCCUUCUGAGAGAAUGGGGACUUUUCCAGUCGCCGGACCAGCAAGCGCAAGCUCCGAAACCGCAAAGGAAACUCACAACUGAAUGGCACAUGGCGGGAUCGCCAAGAAGAGACAAAUGAACUCUCCUCACACAACCCUCUGCCCCUCCGCGAAACUGACCGCGUGCCAAGACGGAAAGAAAAUGGACGCUGAAGAAGACCAUAACGCUGUGUAAUGUAUAUGGCUCCAACUCAUAUUUAUUCCAGGGCACUUAUGUUUAGUGAGUCUUACAGCUGAUGGGAUGGAGGGCUCACAAAGGGCACAAAAAAAAAAAAAGCACACACAACUACUUAAUUAAGAGGGCGGGAUGCUCUCAUAUAACAGUAACGUAUACAAGGCUGUCUGUAUAAUGUAAGCUAUGUACGAUCGCACACUUAAGGGGUCCCGGUUCUGGCCGAACCACGCAGGUUAUCUUUAAUCCCCCUGUUGAGCUUGCCUCCCAAGCAUUCCGCAGGGAGGUCGCCCCAACAACACUGACGUCCCUAUCUAGUAGGGAAAUUAUAUAUAUACUUUAUUUGUUUUCCAUGUUUAUGUUUAUGUUUAUUAUGUUAUCUGGAAUCACUGUACUGAACUAUGCUCCACAGGACCACAUUACCCGUCAGGAGGGAACAAUGUUAGAGAGGGGAGGGAGACCCCAGAGCACUCACACACUACCGCAGGACACCUAUUCACUCCUAAUGCCAAAGCGAAUCCCACGAGGGACCUCCAAUAUAGUGGACACCCACAAAAUCUAACCAUGGGGACACCUAAUACUAUGACCCUUUUCUCCCUGAACGUGAAAGGCCUUAACAGCCCCCAUAAAAGGAGGUUGGCGGCACGCGACAUCCAAACCUCUGGGGCGGCCAUAGCCUGUCUGCAAGAGACACAUUUCUGCACUCGCAACCCCCCAAGAUUUGCAGUCCGGCACUAUUCCCAAGCAUAUCAUGCACACUCCCCAACAAAAUCAAAAGGGGUUUCCAUAUACUUUCACGACGACUGGGCGUUCACACCAAACCACCAACAUACAGGACGAGACGGCCGGCUACUUAUUUUAGUUGGCACAUUAAAUGGCAUACUAAUAACGAUUGCUUCACUAUACGCCCCCAACGAGAACCAAACAGCAUUUCUCACAAAAGCAUUAAAGCAGGUAGCAAAACACAAGAAAGGACAUGUCAUUAUAUGUGGAGACUUCAAUUGUACACCAGAUCCCCACCUAGACAUUCAAUGCACACAGAACAGAGGUCCAAAAGGGGCAUCACUUACACUGGGGCGACACCUAAGCCAACUACUAUUUACACAAGACCUAUACGACUCAUGGCGCUGUCUCUAUCCAAGAACCAAAGAUUACACGUAUUACUCCCCGGUGCACAUGACACACUCCAGGAUAGAUCUAUGCAUCACGGACAAAACCACACUGACACACAUCAUGGCAGUCGCAAUAGGCCCUAUCACAUGGUCCGACCACACGCCGCUUACGGUGACCCUUCGGGUCCCGUACCCGGCCCGGGGCACGGGAUCCUGGCGCCUCAAUGAGGCUCUUCUGGACCGCCCCAACACCUACUCAUCUAUCCUAACCCAACUAACAGACUUCUUCUCACAACACGAAUCCUGCACCACGCCCAUCACAACUCAAUGGCUAGCACACAAGGCAGUUAUGCGAGGAGCUCUGAUACAGGCGGGAGCCAGGGCGAAAAAACAACACAACACAACGAAGGCUGAAUUCCUCGCAAAACUCGCCGCAUUAGAGUCCCAACACAAAACCACACCACAUAAAGCGACACACAAGCAGAUACAACGACUCAGAACUGACUUACACAACCUUGAAAUCGCCACAACAGAGAAGCAUAUGCGCUACCUUAAACAAUCCCACUACACUACGGGAAACAAGGCAGGCAAAGCACUUGCUAGGAAACUAAAGCAGCAAUACUUACACACGAAAAUACCGUACAUACUUUCCAAGACGGGGGACAACUAAAAAAACAAACCACAUUGUUGUGGAGGAAUUGGCCUCCUUCUAUGCCUCCCUAUACCAGCUUGACAGGGACCCCCAAACUCACCAACCGUCUGAAGAAGAAAUCACCCGCUUUCUGAACACUACCCACAUCCCAUCCAUAACCAGACCACAACAGGAGCUAUUAGAAGCCCCAUUCACUUGCGAAGAAGUGGCCAACAUGAUAGCCAGUUUACCUAAACACAAAUCGCCUGGCCCGGAUGGGCUAUCCAACUACUACUAUCACAAACUAGGCACCACACUACUUCCGCACAUCACCAAACUCUUCAAUUAUAUCAAACAAACUGGGCAAAUCCCUAGGGAAAUGCUGGAAGCGUUUAUAGUCACACUACCCAAACCAAACAAAUCCCCGACGAUAUGCGCGAACCUAAGGCCUAUUUCCUUACUCAAUGCAGAUAUCAAGCUGUAUGCUAAACUGCUCGCAAACAGACUUAAACCCUUGUUCCCGACUCUGAUCUCCGAGGAACAGGCAGGAUUUGUCCCAGGCAAGCAAGUAGGCGACAACACUAGACACUUCAUCAACCUCAUAGAAUGGGCCCACUCCACACAGCAAGGGGGAGUCCUAUUAGCGCUUGACGCUGAGAAAGCGUUCGAUCGUCUGAACUGGAAGUAUAUGAAAUUAACACAGGACUUGUCUGAGCUAGGAGACAGAACAGACAGACUGGAAGUCCGCACAGAAGAAAUAUGUUCAGCUCACACUGACAUGGAGGCUAAACUACAAGCUCUCAGUGAGGAACAAAAGCAGCUAAAGAGGAAAAUGGCGGACAUAGAGGAUCGCUCUAGGCGCAAUAAUGUCAGGUUUAGAGGAAUCCCUGACAACGUCACACAUGAGGCUCUGCCCGACUACAUUAAAGGUUUAUGCCAGGCCGUGCUGCCAGAGAGGGUCACUACGGAGUGGCAGCUGGACCGAGCACACCGACUGCCUAGACCACAACGCUUCACAGCAGACACCCCACGCGAUGUAGUGGUCAGGUUCCACUAUUACACAGCAAAAGAUUCGCUGCUGACCGCCGCGCGCAAACUUUCACCGCUACCUGAACCGUUCCAGGGGGUGCAACUGUACGCAGACCUAUCCGCUCUCACAAUGAGCCGACGGAGGGAAUUCAUCUCGGUCACAAAGACUCUCCGCAACCACGAUGUCUCAUACCGCUGGGGCUAUCCCACUAAAAUUAUCAUUUGGAGGAACAACAAAAACCACGUUGUCGAGGAACCAGAGGACGUAAUGCGCCUUCUGAGAGAAUGGGGACUUUUCCAGUCGCCGGACCAGCAAGCGCAAGCUCCGAAACCGCAAAGGAAACUCACAACUGAAUGGCACAUGGCGGGAUCGCCAAGAAGAGACAAAUGAACUCUCCUCACACAACCCUCUGCCCCUCCACGAAACUGACCGCGUGCCAAGACGGAAAGAAAAUGGACGCUGAAGAAGACCAUAACGCUGUGUAAUGUAUAUGGCUCCAACUCAUAUUUAUUCCAGGGCACUUAUGUUUAGUGAGUCUUACAGCUGAUGGGAUGGAGGGCUCACAAAGGGCACAAAAAAAAAAAAGCACACACAACUACUUAAUUAAGAAGGCGGGAUGCUCUCAUAUAACAGAAACGUGUACAAGGCUGUCUGUAUAAUGUAAGCUAUGUACGAUCGCACACUUAAGGGGUCCCGGUUCUGGCCGAACCACGCAGGUUAUCUUUAAUCCCCCUGUUGAGCUUGCCUCCCAAGCAUUCCGCAGGGAGGUCGCCCCAACAACACUGACGUCCCUAUCUAGUAGGGAAAUUAUAUAUAUACUUUAUUUGUUUUCCAUGUUUAUGUUUAUGUUUAUUAUGUUAUCUGGAAUCACUGUACUGAACUAUGCUCCACAGGACCACAUUACCCGUCAGGAGGGAACAAUGUUAGAGAGGGGAGGGAGACCCCAGAGCACUCACACACUACCGCAGGACACCUAUUCACUCCUAAUGCCAAAGCGAAUCCCACGAGGGACCUCCAAUAUAGCUGACACCCACAAAAUCUAUCCAUGGGGACACCUAAUACUAUGACCCUUUUCUCCCUGAACGUGAAAGACCUUAACAGCCCCCAUAAAAGGAGGUUGGCGGCACGCGACAUCCAAACCUCUGGGGCGGCCAUAGCCUGUCUGCAAGAGACACAUUUCUGCACUCGCAACCCCCCAAGAUUUGCAGUCCGGCACUAUUCCCAAGCAUAUCAUGCACACUCCCCAACAAAAUCAAAAGGGGUUUCCAUAUACUUUCACGACGACUGGGCGUUCACACCAAACCACCAACAUACAGGACGAGACGGCCGGCUACUUAUUUUAGUUGGCACAUUAAAUGGCAUACUAAUAACGAUUGCUUCACUAUACGCCCCCAACGAGAACCAAACAGCAUUUCUCACAAAAGCAUUAAAGCAGGUAGCAAAACACAAGAAAGGACAUGUCAUUAUAUGUGGAGACUUCAAUUGUACACCAGAUCCCCACCUAGACAUUCAACGCACACAGAACAGAGGUCCAAAAGGGGCAUCACUUACACUGGGGCGACACCUAAGCCAACUACUAUUUACACAAGACCUAUACGACUCAUGGCGCUGUCUCUAUCCAAGAACCAAAGAUUACACGUAUUACUCCCCGGUGCACAUGACACACUCCAGGAUAGAUCUAUGCAUCACGGACAAAACCACACUGACACACAUCAUGGCAGUCGCAAUAGGCCCUAUCACAUGGUCCGACCACGCGCCGCUUACGGUGACCCUUCGGGUCCCGUACCCGGCCCGGGGCACGGGAUCCUGGCGCCUCAAUGAGGCUCUUCUGGACCGCCCCAACACCUACUCAUCUAUCCUAACCCGACUAACAGACUUCUUUUCACAACACGAAUCCUGCACCACGCCCAUCACAACUCAAUGGCUAGCACACAAGGCAGUUAUGCGAGGAGCUCUGAUACAGGCGGGAGCCAGGGCGAAAAAACAACACAACACAACGAAGGCUGAAUUCCUCGCAAAACUCGCCGCAUUAGAGUCCCAACACAAAACCACACCACAUAAAGCGACACACAAGCAGAUACAACGACUCAGAACUGACUUACACAACCUUGAAAUCGCCACAACAGAGAAGCAUAUGCGCUACCUUAAACAAUCCCACUACAUUACGGGAAACAAGGCAGGCAAAGCACUUGCUAGGAAACUAAAGCAGCAAUACUUACACACGAAAAUACCGUACAUACUUUCCAAGACGGGGGACAAACUAUACAACCCACACCACAUUGUGGAGGAAUUGGCCUCCUUCUAUGCCUCCCUAUACCAGCUUGACAGGGACCCCCAAACUCACCAACCGUCUGAAGAAGAAAUCACCCGCUUUCUGAACACUACCCACAUCCCAUCCAUAACCAGACCACAACAGGAGCUAUUAGAAGCCCCAUUCACUUGCGAAGAAGUGGCCAACACGAUAGCCAGUUUACCUAAACACAAAUCGCCUGGCCCGGAUGGGCUAUCCAACUACUACUAUCACAAACUAGGCACCACACUACUUCCGCACAUCACCAAACUCUUCAAUUAUAUCAAACAAACUGGGCAAAUCCCUAGGGAAAUGCUGGAAGCGUUUAUAGUCACACUACCCAAACCAAACAAAUCCCCGACGAUAUGCGCGAACCUAAGGCCUAUUUCCUUACUCAAUGCAGAUAUCAAGCUGUAUGCUAAACUGCUCGCAAACAGACUUAAACCCUUGUUCCCGACUCUGAUCUCUGAGGAACAGGCAGGAUUUGUCCCAGGCAAGCAAGUAGGCGACAACACUAGACACUUCAUCAACCUCAUAGAAUGGGCCCACUCCACACAGCAAGGGGGAGUCCUAUUAGCGCUUGACGCUGAGAAAGCGUUCGAUCGUCUGAACUGGAAGUAUAUGAAAUUAACACUCGCCCAAAUGGGCAUUCCCCAAGAGUUCUUGGCCAGCAUUUUAGCUCUGUACCAAGAACCCUCAGCUAAAAUUUUCAGCACCGGCUUCCUAUCGACCCCGCUAGACAUCCGAAAUGGCACACGACAGGGCUGCCCUCUUUCCCCGCUUAUAUUUAUCCUUUGCCUAGAGCCCCUCAUAAGGCAUAUAAAACAAACAAGAGGAAUCCAGGGCAUAGCUACUCCGCGAGGCGAACAGAAACUGGCAUUAUUUGCCAACGAUAUCCUCCUGUACCUCACAAAGCCGGAGCACUCUAUUCCACAGUUGCAAAAAAUUCUUGACACAUACAGCGCAGUAUCCUUCUACAAAAACAACACCGCAAAAACACAAGCUCUCCCAAUACUACUGCCACACACCCUCACGACAAAACUCGAGCGCACAUACACAUUCGACUGGAGGAAAAAGUCACUCUCCUACUUAGGGAUCAAACUUACUAAAUCAACACAUACAAUGAUAAAAGAAAACCACAUUCCCCUGAUCCACAAACUCGUAUCACAGGUAACAAAAUGGGAAGACCUAGAGAUUUCCUGGCUAGGACGCAUCAACACGAUUAAGAUGAUGGUUCUUCCGCACAUACUCUACCUGUUCCCAAUAACCCUGCCAGUCCGCCUCCUUAAAAGACUCCAAUCUGUUAUAAACGCGCACGUUUGGAAACGGAAACCCCAACGAAUUAGAAAUAAAACUUUGGGCCUCCACUUCACUAGAAGAGGGCUGGGCCUUCCUGAUGUACAGUUCUAUUACCAAGCCUCCCUAUUAGCCCAAGGUCUAAGACUUCUCAGAGCUUCCGAGAAAACACCAACCCCAAUCUGGCUCUCCUUUGAGGACGCCUGCAUCCACCCGGCACAAAUAACCCAAGCUCUGUGGGUAGGCGCCCCAACCCUCACCAAAAAACCGACCAUACAAUGCACAAGGACACUUCUAAAGGCCUGGAGAAAUUGGGCCUCGAAUAUACUAGUCCCCAAUCACAGCGCUACAAAUCCACUCCCCGAACCUAGAAGUCCAUACGUGGCUGGCAAAAGGUGUCCUGAGGGUGGAAAACAUUCUUGACAAGACCGCAGUAAAACCAUUCCCAACUCUACAGGCAGAAUUCUCCCUUCCCCCCCGAGACCUAUUCCUAUACUUAAGGGUCAAGAACAUCUUACAGACCAAUUUACAAGCUACAGAGCCCACACAGAGGCUUACAGUUCACAACACACAACACCUGCUGAAUGCCCGCCACAUCAAGCCCCUGGCACUAUGUUAUAAUGCCCUAUGGGAAGCGGCUACCCCACUUAAACUUCAUUACAUGACACAAUGGGAAAGAGAUAUCGGUAGGGAAUUCGCGAUACAACAAUGGCACAAGGCCAUAGCCAACACCAAGAAGGCAUCUAGUAGCAUCUCCAUGUGGGAAGCAUACAGCAAAAUCACAAUGAGAUGGUACAUGGUGCCGCAUAGAUUAGCCAAAAUGUACAGUACAGUCUCCUCUUUAUGCUGGAGGUGCGAGAAAGCCCAGGGUACACUGAUCCAUGUCUUCUGGGAAUGCCAAGACAUUCAGCCUCUGUGGUUAAGCGUACAAACACUGGUAAACAAACUAACCCAAUUUACCAUGCCACUGACACCUGAAGGUUACUUACUACAUAUGUUGCCAAUGUUACAUCAGAAGCACCACACCCCACUAAUUGUAAACCUUCUCACAGUCACUAAAAUGGCUAUAGCAUAUCAUUGGAAGGACAAAGCUAUCCCCUCGAUGGAAGAGAUCUCAAAGAGAUUAGAUAAUGUCUGUCUAUACGAAAACAUGGCUAUGGGUUUGAAGGGGAAAGCACAACAACAUGAGGUGGUGUGGCAGGACUGGCUCACAUACCGAAGGACGAGCACUACAUAGCGGGCCAGGCCCGAUAACAAUGAUAACAAUAACAAUAAUAAUAACAAUACAAAACCGAGGAGAGCAUAGCCACUGUAGUUCCCUAAGCAUUCCUCAAUGGUCCUAGAUCGAGAUCAAGCUCAAGUUCCAGUACAAGUUUCUGUUAAGUUGAGUUUACUCCCUUCCCUGAGUUCCCCCAUACUCCAUACACGUCGACCAAUGUGGGCCAAGCAAUAAACAUGUCAAGAGUCAAACAUAUGCGGGCACCAGAACAUAGUUACUAUAUGGCAAUAACCCUGGGGGGCGAACCUGCACAUACAAUGUAAUGUAUACAAUGUAAUGUAUAUUGUAAAACAGUACUAUCUGUAGACAUGCACCGAUAUGCACAAUCGAAUAAGAAGUGUAGGCGUUAAACAGGACUGUAACGCAUACUGCCCCGAGAGAAAGAUGUUGAUAACGCAAACUACCAUGUAAUGUGUAUGAUUAAUGUAUAACAAAUGUAUGUAUAUUUUAUUGUGGAACCCUCUAUCCCUUCUCCCUUUCCCUUCUGUUCCCCUGUUUCUCGAGACAAAAACAAUAAACACAAAUAUGAUAAAAAGCAAGUGUUCCUUCAUCAUCAGCCUCUGUUACCAGUGCAUCAAGGAUGCCCUGCCUUGUCUCUUCACGAUCCUGUCAUGUUGUCAUAUUAUGCAACUUGAUCAGCUGGCUGUGUGUGAUGUGUGGGGGAGUCCAUUCCCACACUGACGAAGCUGUUGUCAAAUGUGAGGAUGAGGGCUGUGUAGUGACAACCUGUGUAUGAUCACCAGAGGGCUGUGGAGCGUCCCCCUGUAUAACAGUGGUUGUGGUUUGUUUAUCUUGAUCUGUUGCAGACGGAGGGUGGCUCUGAAGGGGCACCCUCUGUUGCUCCAGUUCAUUGGCAACAAUAUUACAUAUUGUGUUCACAUCAUCAAGGUCUGUUAUUGAGGGGUAUAAAGGUGUAUGGGAGGAACUUGAAUUGGUUACUCGGCAAAGACUUGGGGCUGUAGGUAAGUUAGUUGGGGUAAGGUCGACUGUGACUACCCAAUAAGGGGAGAGGAAAACCCAUAUCUUUCAACAUGUACGCAUAUACUUCUUAUCCCAAGAGCUAUCUGGUCCGUUUUGCCUUUUGACCCAUGCACAAGCCUUCUAUCAUUAAAACAUGCUCUGGGUCCAAGCCACCUGUUCUGGGAAAAAUGUUUCUGCCUUGCAUCCCCUCAGUGUACCCCGCUUGAUUAUCUACAAAGGGGUCCACAUAAUAAUCCCCUGUAAUUCUUUCUACAAAAUGUUUAGGGGUCUCAUUUAGGUAAAGUCUGUUUAGAAUUUCCCUGCCCCAUCUUAUGUUAAGGAGGGUACUUUGACACUAAAUAGUUAUACAAAGAUGUCUAUAACAAUAUUAAUUGAGAUACAACUAAUUAAGAAGCAAUAACACACAGGAUGGAUAUCAUGUAGCAAGCAAAAAGGGCAGUAAUACAGCCAAAAAGCAAUAUAAAUCAGUGUUGGGCUGCUGUUAGUGUGAAAAUGUAUUCAUUUGUUAGGGUUAGCAGCAUUAUGGGUCUACAUACAUUCAGAGGAAAAGGGAUCUUUAACUAUGUUAUGUGCUGUUUGGUGUACCAUUCUUUCCAACAAUUAGGAUGAUAAAAAUAAAACUAUCCCUGUGUGGUUUGCUAAAUUUAUGGGCAAGUUCCGGUCUCAUAAAAAAUGUACCAGGCUCAUAUGAAAUUUAACGAUCUGUUCAGAUUACAAAUUCUUACACAUCAAACAUAUAUUCCUAGUCCCAAAGUAAAAACAGAAAAAUGUUGGGCUCAUGGAGUUGAUUAAUAACAAACAUACAAAGCAUACAUUCAUAUAACAAUUGUAUCAGACCCCAUUCGUUAAAAUGUUCAAGCAUAAUUAAAACACUUAUACUAAAAUUAAUAAGAGAAGGUGUGGAAAGCACAAAGAAAUACACAUUAAUGUAGGAGAACCCUCUCUACUGAUCCAGGUGACAGAGUGUACCAAACUUGUAAAUCCCCAGGGGACAAAGUGUACCAAACUUAUAAAUCCCCUAUUAACUAACUAAACAGACACUAAAUCCAUAUAUAGACUCACUGAGAGUCUCCCUGACUAACAAGAUGUCGAGAUGGGCGGCCGCUCCUGUACCCACUUCUCGUCAAGGGGACAAAGUGUACCAAGCUUAUAAAUCCCCAUGGGGACAAAGUGUACCAAACUUAUAAAUCACCUCUUCCUCAGAACUAGCGCUCUCUCAGCCUAGGACAGGUUCAAGACAGGUGACUGUGACACCCAUGUGAGCAGACAAAGAAAGAAAUAUCUUUAUACUCACAGUUAGGUAUCACAAUCCUCCCCUUCGGACGGAGCCCCCACUUGUUAGGCUGAACAAUUUAUCUGGGUCUUGGAACCCUUACGCUGCCAUGGACUUAUGCACUAACACAUUCUGUUUUCUUUGCCUCUGUGUAAACUCAGCCACCGGGAAUACUUAAAGAAGUCACACCAUUCAGAUGUUUUUUUUCUGUGAAUUUGUUCGCCAUCACCAAAAGAAGAUGGUUGUACUUUACGGACUUAAAUCUUUUUGUAGGGGAAAUUACUAUGUGACUAUUUCUCUCUUACUCUUUACACAGGACUUUGCCCGGUGAAUCGAAAGUCUAUUGGUUAUGUGUUGUCACAGAAUGGCCGUGGUAAUGCAGUGGUGAUUGUAGUAGGGGGAGCAUCAGAAUCCUUGUCCUGUCAGCCUGGGGUCACCACCCUCAUCUUGAGUAGGAGGAGAGGGUUUGUGAAAUUGGCACUUGAGAAUGGGUAAGUGUUAUAAAUUAUAUAAUAUGAAUACAUUUAUUGAACCAUACAAUAGAAGGAAGCCAUAUUUUAGAGAAGGGAUAGGCAACCUUUGGCACUCCAGAUGUUGUGGACUACAUCCCCUAUAAUGCUCUUACACCCAUAAUGCUGGCAAAGCAUCAUGGAAGGUGUAGUCCAAAACAUAUGGAGUGCCGAAGGUUGCCUAUGCCUGUUCUAGAGCAUUCUGGAGAACUAUGUUUUAUAGACUAUAAUUUACCUAUUGCAUGUGGUUUAGUCAAUGGAGCACAAAUUAGAGGACACAUCAACCACUCCUCUAUGUAGCCAAAAGUCAAGAUGUAAUUGUUUUUCCAUUAAGUGAAUUAUUCACUGAACAGUUGAGUUUAUAAAUUACUUUUAAAACACAGCCCACGACAAUUAAGCUGUAAAACAUUUUCAAUGUAACUGAACUGGAGAUUUGAAAAUGGCUAUUUGGACUGAAGUUUUAAGAAUUUUGCCAUGGCAACUCUCCGGGUCUCGCAAAAGUAAACUCUAGCCCCACAGGCUAGAGUUCACUCACCACUAGCACCCAGUGGUGUAUCCUGGUUUUGUGCUGCCCUAGGCAGGACAAAACUCAGGGCCCCCCAACCGCCCCUGCGCGCGCGACCCCCGCCCAUCCCUUCCCCCCCGCGCGCGUGACCCCUCCCAUCCCUUCCCCCGCCUUCUAAAUACACACACUCACUAACAGACACACACACUAACAGACACACACACACACACACUAACAGACACACACACUCACUAACACACACUCACUAACAGACACACACACUAACAGACACACACACACUAGCACACACUAACAGACACACACACUAACAGACACACACACACACUCACUAACAGACACACACACACUAACAGACACACACACACUAACAGACAGACACAAUAACACACUAACAGACACACACACACUAGCACACACUAACAGACACACACUCACUAACAGACGCACACACACUAACAGACAGACACAAUAACACACUAACAGACACACACACUCACUAACAGACACACACACACUAACACACACACACACACACACAAUAACACACACACUCACAUUAACACAGGUACUUUUUAAACCUCCCCCCCUCCAGCCUCCUUACCUUUGGGAGUGCUGGGGAGGGAAGGGGUUCUCUAUCUCCCUGGUGGUCCAGUGGCUGCUGGGUGGGCGGCAUUGGCGGGCGGGCGGGCGGCAUUGUCGAGCGGGCGGGCGGCUGACGAGGGAGCUUUUCCUGUGAGCUGACUGCUCAGCUCCCUCGCGCGCCGCAGAGUGAGGCUGGGAGCCGGGAUAUGACGUGUGCCUGUUAGUUUGUUUUUUUGUUAAUUAAAAAAAAAAAAAACAUUUAUAUUGGCAUUAACCUGCCACCCCAACACACAAUCCCUUCAAACAAACACACACUAGAUUCCCUACACACACACUACAUUUCUGACAUACACACUAUGGAUCCCCUAUGCACACACUAGAUUCCUUGUAAGGAAACACAUAUUACAUUCCCUAAACACACACUCUUUACAACCCCUACACACACUACAUCACCUACACACACACACUACAGAUUGUAUGCACACAAUCGCUACAUCCCCUAUACACACUAUGCCCCUUAUACACACACUCUCUACAGCACCUAGACACACAUACAUUACAUUACACCACAGACACAGCAUGACUGAAACCAACCUAUUAACACAAAACCACACCACAAUCAGCUCACUCUACACACACGCAAUCCCAUAAGCAGGCUUCAAACACAUGCACAGUACUCUUUCCUGGCAUUUUUUUCUCCUUGUAUCCCAUUUAUGGAGACAUCAGAGACAUGUUUUAAGCAAACACAACGCAAGCAUGUUAUUAAAUGUGCUUGCGCUGUGCAAAACAAAUACAGGGCCUUUUUCUCAUUCUAGAGUUCUUCAGCAGAGCUCUGUGCAUGGUCUGCCCUAGAAGAGCAUUAAACCAACAUGCUCACUUUGAGAGGGGGCGUGCUUGUCAUUGCAGAUGAAAAAACAAACCCUAUCUAGCCAGGCCCCCUUUUCAGUUGGCCGCUGUGAUGAAAAAAUGCCCGGCCAAAUUUUUUUCCCAGUCCGAGCCUGCUUACAUCUCAUUUAUCUUGGAGCAGAAAGCAAGGCAGGAUGCAUACAGAAUAUUUGCACAGUAUUCUUAGUUAGUUGGGCAUAAUUGUGGAGGCACAAAAAUUGCUGGACAAUACAAAGAAAGAUGACAGUUUAGGCUACUUUUUGAACCACUAUAAUAUAUCUAUAUAUGUCAACUUCCUGCUGCAAACCGACAAUGAGUCUUUCUAUUUCUUGCAGGGCAGACCUGGUUCCUUCCUUUUCGUUUGGCGAGAAUGACCUGUACCAGCAAAUACAUUUCUCAGAGGGCAGUUUACUCCGAGCUGCCCAGUGCAAAUUCCAGAAACUUUUUGGUUUUGCUCCGUGUUUUUUUUAUGGUCGUGCCCUGACUUCCUGUAAAUCCAAGGGUUUUAUACCAUACUCCCAUCCAAUCACCACAGUUAGUAAGUAUGUUCAUCUUUGGACCAUUAAUAUGUCAAAGGCCCAGAUAUUUUUGCAUUCCUCUUACUUUAAAGAGAAGGAAAAGGGUUAUCAUCAGGAAAUGGGGUGCCCAAACACCAUAAAUAGGUUGGGCUGUGCCAGUUUUAAAUAACAAUUUUCAUAAUUAUCUCACGUUAAAUGGGUCAUCUGAUUACUAUGUGAUAAUUAUGUUUUGCUAUUUAUGUGUUAUCAUUAAAAUUUGAAAUGCAGAAAACAAAUGUUAUAUCAUGUAUUGUACUAGUGGCAACAUUCUGAUCUUUUUUUCAGUUCACCAGAGUCCUCUGCAUCGAGUUUAGUUCACUCGACACGUUUCGUCCUCGUUCGAGGCUUUUUCAAGAGUUGUGCCACUUUAUAUAUGCUAAUCCUGAGAGUAUCCAGACCAGUUUUUAUAGUCACAAUUGAUAUACAACACAAUGCCCAACCAAGCAUCACCAGUGCAAUGUCUUUAAUUUAUUAACUUCCAAUGCCAUAUUCUGCCAUUCUGCUAUUUCCCCAAUUAAUUUCCUCCAAGUCAUAUUCGCUGAAAUAAUUUACCCAGUGCAUAAACAAAAUGGUGAUGUAUUUAGUGUUUUUCCUCCCUUUAACAAAACAUUUCUGCAAAUGUAUGUGCGUAAAUUCUGUGUCAGUAAUGAUUUUAUCGUUUAUUGUUAUUCAUGACUAUAAGGUACAUUUAAUAACUGGAAUCUCCUAUUUGUUUUGACAAUGAUGCAUUUUUAUGCUACAUUGCAAUUUACCAUGUGGCAGAAAUAAACAGCUUUGGAAGAAAAAAAAUGUCCACCAAUGCAGCAAAAUUAUGUUAUAGCAAACCUUAGAAACGGCAAUAUCUUAACUUAUCUAGAGUAGACGGUAUUGUGGCCUCUCCAAAACAUAACAUGGCUUAUUUCCGUGCCUAUCUUCUAUAUGCCAGUAGGACCAUGCUAAACAUCCUAGCUAAGCUUUGUUGAGUGGUCAUGUGUGCUGUGCAGCAAUAUAAAUAAAGUUUUCUGCCACAGCCGAGUCUGAUGGUUUGCGGUGCUGAAAGGACAAAGCACUUAAAAUAAAUUACACAUAAAACUUAUAUCGGACCCCUGCAUUGAUCCACAUAGUUUAGUACUCUAACCCGCAUCUGAAGCUAGGUGGGAAAAGUUAUUACUAUUUUUUUUAAAGAUCAUGAGGUUCAUGUGAAGUAUUUUCUUUAUCUCCCUAUACAUGGGCUUUGGAACAAGAAAACAUGAGUUUGUGAGACCACUCCAUUCUCAGGCCCAUAUACCAUGGGGCAAAGGGUAAUAUAAACUGGAUUGGGGUCUAGCAAAAUGGCUCCUACCCUUUCACCAUUAACUGGUGUUUGGAGUUGAGGAUAAUAAUAGCACUGCCCUAGAAAGUACUUUGCUCAGUUUACACUUAUCACUCCUAAAUAUAAAAUGUUUGCUUAUAUUAUGUUUUUGCUUUGUGAUUUUGAAUUUUGUUUUGCUUUUUGAUUGAUUUUGUGUACUUUUUCAUAUGAUUAUAUGUAAACGUGCUUUUGUGAUAUAUUUCCAUAGUAAAUUUAGUGACACAAGUCGCUGUUGUCUGUUUAAAAAUUACCAGAUUUUACUAAUUACAUGACGUAAAGUCAUGAUUUUAUAAAGGACACGGAGGCGAGUAUUAGGCUUCAUCUCUUUCUUUAUUCCUCAGCAGCAAAGAAAGGAUAUUGAUAUUUUUAAUAUAGCAAUAACAAAAAGAAAAAAACAAAUACCCUUAAGGGUUAACCAUAUAACAUUCCAUAUCCAUUAACCAAUAGGAUCAGUCCUUGUACUAUAUCCCUUCAUGUGAGGUAAACCACUUCCUCUUUCUGGCUGACGCCGAAGCUGAACACAUCAACAAGGAAAACAUUUUUCUCAAACUUGGGUAAUCUUUCGUAGGGGUUCCGGCGAAAGUUCCAAAAUAAUGAUGAGGUAGCGGACGAUCCCAGUUAUGUCAUCACAGGGUUAAGCUGUAGGAGACAGAGAGAUAUAUGGUAAAAUAUAUUCGAAUACCGUUGUCAUGCAUAUAUGCUGUACCGGUCCUUAGACAAUCGUUUAUAUCUGAAAACAUUGUUUGCGACAUUCUAGCAUAACUCAGUCUAAAUUUCAAUUAUUACCCUAUAACCUUGAUUCUAAACAUCAAAAAUACUAUAACCUGUUUAUGAGCAAAUGGGUGGGAAAAAAAUACAUGUACGGCUUACCUUUCAGUGGGCGGGCUAAUACUCGCCUCCGUGUCCUUUAUAAAAUCAUGACUUUACGUCAUGUAAUUAGUAAAACCUGGUAAUUUUAUUAAAGGACACAGAGGCUCUUAUUAGGCUAGUUUAAAGCUGUGAUAUGACCCUAGAUGAGAUAUGUUCUGUUGGUCUAAAGUAGUAUUCCUUGAACGUCGAUUCUCGGGACCAGUCAGCUGUGCGGAGGAGGUCUUCCAGUUUACAUCCAAUGGAGAAUGCUUUAGAGGCCAUAGCGCCUCUAGUAGAGUGUGCUCCGUAAACAGCUGUGUCGAUGUUAGCAUUUGACAUUAUCCAUUUCACCCAACGUGUCAGAGUUCCCGUGGAUACUGGUUGAUGAGGUUUCCUCACUGCCAAGAACAAAUUAUGUGUGGUUGGGUUCCGGAAUGACUGGGUCCGUAAUUCGUAUUCCCGCAGGCAUGCUACCGGGCAGAGGUUAGUGUUGUGAGGAAAGGAGGGAUAGAAGACUGAAGUGGUGUUCGACUUUGUACGUCUGGUGAUAUUAAACAGGACACCAUCCGGUGUGAAUGAUCGUGCAUCGAUAUCCAAGGCCCUCACGUCUGAUACCCGUUUGCAGGAAAUUAAGCAUAGAAGCAUUGCCAAUUUUGCAGACACAUGCUUGAGUGUGAGGUUCGAGUUUGGGGGCCAAUCUUGCAACAAACGAAGGACCAUAUUCACAUCCCAUAGGGUCGUCUAACGAGGUUGUGGCGGACGUGCAAAUUUUAUGCCCCGUAGGAGACGACAGAUCCAUAAGUGCUUCCCAGCCGGGAAGCCUUCCCAACCAGUGUGCCCAGCUGAAAUCGUCGACCUGUACACGUUUAGGGCGCUAGGCCAAGCCUUGAUCAUAAAGGGUAGUAAGGAAACCCAAAACCUGGUUUAUAGGAGCACGUAUGGGAUCCACGUGCCGUUCCACGCACCAACUACACCAUGUGUUCCAGGCAAGAGUAUAGGAACGUCUUGUCCCUGGGGCCCAAGCUCCUGCCAAUAAGUCCAAAGUUGUUUGUGAAACAUUCGGCAUGGUCCAGGGUCCCCGGAGAGGAGCCAUGUUAGGAGUCUGAGAUGACCUUGCACCAGAAGUGGAUGAGAGUUCCCAUCGGGAUCUGAUAAUAAUUCCGUGCUCCCUGGGAUCAAUCUGGUGAGGUCGAUUGACAUUUCCAUGAGCGAAGGGAACCAUGGCUGUGCCGUCCAGAACGGUGUUAUCAAAACCAACGAUGCUCGGGAGCGCUGUAAGUGUGAGGUAUGCAUCCUGGAGGUCCAAUUUUACCAUCCAGUCUCCCAGUCUUAGUAGGUCUCGGAGGCAGUGUAUCCCUUCCAUCUUGAAGUGAUGGUAUGUGACAAAGGUGUUGAGGGGCCGCAAGUUUAUUACUGGCCUCGUGCCCCCACCUUUCUUGGGUACUAGGAAGAUGUUGCUUAGGAACCCGGGGGCGGUAAUGGGAACCCUGUAUAUCGCACAUUUCUCCUCCAGUGUGUGAACCUCUUUUAACACUAGCUGUUUGUCUAGUGGGGAAAAAACAAUCCGAUGUGGCAAUGAGAGUUGAAUCGGCUGUUGUGUAAAUUCGAUGUGAUAGCCGAGGAUGGUCUCUAGGACACAUGUAUCUGAGGUUAGGUUGUGCCACGCAUCCUGGAAAUGAAACAAUCUGCCGCCCACGGGUACCAAGGGAAGGGUGUGUAAUGGGGAGUGACUCACCAUAAGGCCGACGGCCAUAGGAGGAUCCCCUGGUUCCGCGUGGAUGCCAUGAUCUGCCCCUGGUCAGGAAGAAUGGUGAUUGUGCCCUCGGUUCGGGUGGGUGGAACCGCGUUGUGGCGGAGCCUCGAUAGCCCCGGAACUGAGUCCGGGAGGGGCGGCCGGACAGACGGCCCCGCUGUCUGCCGGCCCCCCCGAAAACCUUUUGCGCGAACACUCGCUUCAUAUUAUGUUGUGCCUUAUCUAGUGCCGUAAAUGUGUUGACGUAAUUGCCCAGGGUCUUAACAAAAUUGUCUCCGAAUAAGAGACCUUUUGCCUGUGUGCCAGGCUCGGAGAUUGCCAAAUGUACUAGUUUUGGCUCGAUUUUCAUCAAUAUGGCUUUACGCCGUUCCGUGGCCAAAGCGGUGUUGGCAUUUCCUAUUAGGCAUAUGCCUCUCUGAAUCCAGCCUCUGAUGGCCAUCAAGUCAAUUGGGGUCCCCCCAGUAAGGGCCGCUUUGACCAUAUCGAAGAUUUUAGCUAUAGGCCCGAGUAUGUCCAGGAUCUUGUCCUGGCAGUGUUUUAAGGAGUAGUCCAAACCCUUCUUGGCCCUCCAUCCUGACUUACCCAGGAACUGGGCGACCUUGGGGUCCACUUCAGGGGUCACGCAGGCCAUGUCUGGGACAGUGGGCCUUGGGCAUUCCGCCCUCAGUUUGCUUCUUGUGGCCUUGUCGAGGGGUUUUCUGACCCUAGUCGCAAUGUAAAUGGCCACAUGAGUUGUGGGGUACCACUCCGCUGAACGCGGAUUAUGCAAGGUGUCGGGAUCAAAAAGGGGUUCCCCUUGGGGGUCUAACACAGCGGACUCAUCCGUCUCGUGCUCCGCGUCUAACGCUGGAGGCGCGAUGUCGCUGCGUUCGGGGGACGAAUUAUCUGAAAUAAUUGGGUCGAUGUCAUCAGACCCAUCUGAUACCUCCUCUGAGUCCGAAUCGGAGUCGGACGGAUCAGAUAGGGCUUUUGCCCUCUUCCAAGUCCGCACCGUUUUUGCCCGGCGGGGGGCUCUUUUACGUGGGAGCACCACGUCAUCAAUCUCAACAGGGCGCAACCUGUCCGUCUUACUGGUUCUGGAGGUAGCACCUGACAGAUGGUGCGAUUUGCACGUAGCCUUGCGGCCGCUAGGGACCAUUGGCUUGUUAUCAGUGGAUAUAGGGGGUGCCGAGCCCGGGUUGUGGCUGGAUGCCCUAAUAGCAGAGGAGAUAGAGUGGGACAGGGUGUCCGACAUCGCCCCCAUGGCGGUAAAAAUGGCCUGUGUAACAGACCUACUCAUCGUAGCAUCCAGGAGUGCCUGGAACUCCUCUGAGUUCACGUGCUCCUGGGAUGUGUCCCCAACUCCCCCAGUGACAGCAGCGUCUGUAGCGUCAUGUUUGCUGGGUUUAUGAGAGGUGGGAGGGGGGGUAACCGUCUGUUUACUAGCAGGGGACUGCAUAGUGAUCAGGGUGUUGCACAGUAAUAGUAGAGGGAGAAAGGCACUAAAAUAAAACUGUCACUAUUGGACAAAUGCACACUGGCAGCACUGCAGAGGUUUGUAUACCAGCAGUAUAGGGCAAGUGGCUGAGCACUAGACUGAAUAGCAAGGGCAGGCACAGUUAUAAAAGGCACAUGUAAUAUGGCACAUAUAAUAUGGCAGCUUACCGAGUGUUCCCUCAGGAAUGACUCCUGGGGGACACUGGUAGGCUGCCCAACACCUCCCUCAGCCAAUCAGCCCGCGCCCCUCCCUGCUAGAGUGGUGCGGACCGCGGGCGAAAAGAGCGGCAAAACUGCCCACACUUAAGAUGGCCGCCACGAUGCGCGAGAGUGGACCGCGCAUGCGCGAGCGGCGGAAAUGGCCACCAAAGUAACAGCCGCCCAUCUGGCGGCGAAACGGCUCGUUCUGGGCCGGGGAGGUGAGGGGGGGUGGGGGGUGGAUUCCUGAGCGACCCCCACCCGGGGAAGUGGAAAGAAGGAACGGGUUAUAAACAACCCGAAACGGCAGUGCAGGAUGGGGCUUGCCUCAGGGGAGAGGCAAGUACCCUGCACUGGGAACAGGUUUAAAGAACAAAACCACCAGCAAUAUACAGAAAAAAAAAAUUCAAUAACAGACAAAAACAAACAGCAGAUAUAAAAAGAGAACAGUAUAAAGAUAAGAAUAUGAAUCAGGAGAAAACUGAAAAACACAAUAUUUUAUGGAGCUGAAAAAUAUGUGGUACUUAGCUGAGGCAGCAGCAAAGAAAGAGGAAGUGGUUUACCUCACAUGAAGGGAUAUAGUACAAGGACUGAUCCUAUUGGUUAAUGGAUAUGGAAUGUUAUAUGGUUAACCCUUAAGGGUAUUAGUUUUUUUCUUUUUGUUAUUGCUAUAUUAAAAAUAUCAAUAUCCUUUCUUUGCUGCUGAGGAAUAAAGAAAGAGAUAAAGCCUAAUAAGAGCCUCCGUGUCCUUUAAUAAAAUUCACUGUUACCUCCCAUUUACAUAUAGUUAAGCAUCUUUUGUAAAAUAUUCAAAAGGUUAAUGUAACAAAAAAAAUGCAGUCUUCAGAUAAAGCUUUGUACAGCACACAACACAUUGAGCGUCUAGUAUAUUAUGCUAAUCAGACCGCAGCCAUGGAGUGCCAAAAAAGGCAACCUCAACCCACGGUAUUUAAUAAAAUGUAAAUACCAUUUUUUUUAAUUGCAAGAAAGACACAGAUUAAAGAUAGCAGGGAGGAACAAAAAACUAAAAAACAUUUUUGGAACCAAAUCUUACGUAUUUCUUCGAUGACUGAUAUUUAUAGCGCAUCAAUUGGGGUUUUAUUCAUUGCAAGUAGCCAGGGCUGGAAUAUACUGCAAAUGCAGCAGGUGCACCAGCACUGGGGCCCACCAGACUUUAGGGGCCUACUGUAGACUGCCCAUCUGGAGAGGGGUGGGGGGGCAGAGGGAGUCAGCCUGUCUGUCAGAAGAAAGGAAAGAGAACUGGGGCUUAAUGUCUGGCUGGGAAAGGCUGUUUGUUACUUUGGUACUUUAAUUUGUCUGCAAACUUUAAUCUUGUUGUGUAUCUACGUGAGCCGUGAGGUAUCUGUAAAAAGCAUGGUGGGUGUCUGUAACCUUCAUGGAGGGUGUCUGUGUACUGCAUGCAGUGUGUCUGGACUCCAAAUAUGGCAAAAUCGAAUUUGGUGAGAGGGUUAAUUAUCAGGGAAAUGUGUCAGUCUAAAUUGAGGAAACUGCAUGCAGGUGUAGGGUCUUGUGACUAUAGAGUUGGUUAUUUGGCAAUGGCAAGGUGGGACAUUUUCUUGGGAAUCAUAGUUUAAUUAUCUGGAGCGAUAGUGGGCCAACAAUAAAAAUAUUGCACCAGGAGCCUUUGUUCAUUACUUCUGCUACUGCAGGUAGCCUUACCUAGACGGACAUUGGAGUCCAGUCCCAAUGAUGGCCUUAGUGAAGCAUAGUUUUCUAUGUAUUUAAUGAUGCAGUGAGGGUUGUAUCUGCAGCGCUUUAAUGCAGACUAUCAAGGAAACUCCAGUUUCAGACUAAUCCAUGACCCUGAAUAAGACAAUUAUUAGGUUACAGGAAAAUGGCAGAAUAUGGUUUUUAAAGGGACACUACAGGCACCAAAACAACUGUAGCUAAACGAGGUUGUUUUGGAGUGUAUGUGCAUGGCCAUGAUAUAUAUCAAACUGUGUGUGAUUAAAGUUUUAUGUACAAAGUAGGGAGUAAGUCAUCAUCUGAUUUGAAAAUGAAACCAUUUUUUUUAAUGAAUAAUGUGUGAAAUGAAGGAUGUGUCAAUCACAGUCAGGUGAGGUUUAACUGGUGCUGCAUAAACAGACACAAAAGAGUUUAAACUCCUAAAAGGCAGAUAAUUGAGCAGCAUAGGCAUGCACAGCCUAUUGCAUAAAGUGUGCACCCUAAAGCACAAACACACACGCCGUGUGAGGGUGCUGUUGGUGUGUGUGUGCUGUGUGUGUAAGGGUACUGUGUGUGUGAGGGUGUGUGUGAGAGAGGGUGCUGUGUGUCUGUGUGUGUGUGUUUAAGGGUGCUGUGUGUGUAAGGGUGAUGUUAGUGUGAGGGUGCUGUUAGUGUGUGUGUGUGUGUAUGUGUAAGGGUGCUGUGUGUGUAAGGGUGAUGCAUGUGUGUGGGUGCUGUAUGUGUGAGGGUGUAUGUGUGAGGGUGCUGUUGGUGUGAGGGUGCUGUUAGUGUGUGUGUGUGUGUGUGUGUGUGUGCUGUGUGUGUAUGUCUAAGAGUGCUGUGUGUGUGAGGGUGCUGUAUGUGUGUGGGUGUUGUGCUGUAUGUGUGUGGGUGCUGUGUGUGUGUGGGUGUUGUAUGUGUGUGGGUGCUGUGUGUGAGGGUGCUGUGUGUGUAUGUGCAAGGGUGCUGUGUGUAAGGGUGGUGUGUGUGUGUGGGGUGCUUCUAGUGAGUGUGUGAGUGUGCUGUUAGUGUGUGUGUAAGGGUGCUGUGUGUGUGAGGGUGUUGUUUGUGUGUAUUUGUUUGGAGGGACUGUGGGGUGGGGGGACCGUUUAGGAAAUAGCCCACUUCCCUUCUUACCUUUUGUAUGGAGGAGGGACCAUGCUGCUGCAAUCCCUGAUGAUCCAGUGGUGAGUGAACUCUAGCCUGCGGGGACGCUCCAACCUCGUGAGAGGAACCCGGCGGAGCUGCUGGCUAGAGCUCCCCGGCAGGGCCGUCUUUAACGCAGGGCAAACAGGGCAGCUGCCCCGGGCCCUGUCCCUGCUGGGGGGCCCAAGACAGCUGCUCCUUUUGCCCUCUGCCCGCAAACUAUGGGGGCCCAUUGGGUGGCCCAUGCACUUAAGGCCACCCAGUGGGCCUGUGUCAGCAGGGGCCCGGUCAGGCGCGGUGGCGCAUUAACAGCGCGACCAGGCCCUUGCUUUUCGGCAGUGCUGGGAGGAAGUGACAGCCGUGCGUCACUUCCUCCCACAGAAACAGGAGCCGCGCGGGAGGAAGAAGCUGUUCCGGAGGGGGCUAGGCCGGGAGAGCUUAACUCCCAGCCACCCCAGUCAGCACACUGGACCCCAGGGAAGCCACCUUCCAGGAAAAGGUAAGAAACUGGAGGGUGGUUAUCAAAUUUUGCAUGAGUGUCUGUGUGUGUGUGUGUGUGUGUGUGUGAGUAUGUUUGUAUGUCUGUCUGUCAGUAUGUCUGUCAGUGUGCCAGUAUGUCUGUGUGUGUGAGUCUGUCAGUGUAUGUGUGGUUCUGUAUGUCUGUGUUUGUCAAUAUGUCUGUCAGUGUCUGUGUGCAUGUGUGUUUCAGUAUGUCUGUCUGUGUGUAUAUGUGCCAGUAUGUCUGUCAGUGUGUCAGUAUGUCUGUGUGUGUGUGAGUCGGUCAGUGUCUGUGUGGUUCAGUAUGUAUGUGUGUUUCAGUAUGGCUGUCUGUGAGUGUCAAAAUGUCUGUAUGUGUGUACGUCUGUCAGUGUCUGUGUGAAUGUGUGUUUCAGUAUGGCUGUCUGUGAGUGUCAAAAUGUCUGUAUGUGUGUACGUCUGUCAGUGUCUGUGUGUAUGUGUGUUUCAGUAUGGCUGUCUGUGAGUGUCAAAAUGUCUGUGUGUACGUCUGUCAGUGUCUGUGUGUAUGUGUGUUUCAAUAUGUCUGUCUGUGUGUAUGUGUGCCAUAAUGUCUGUAUGUCUGUCAGUGUGUCAGUAUGUCUAUGUGUGAGUCUGUCAGUGUCCAUGUGGUUCUGUAUGUCUGUGUGUAUGUGUGUUUCAGUAUGGCUGUCUGUGUGUGUCUCUGUGUCAGUACGUCUGUCAGAAUGUGCCUUUGUAUCUGUAUGUUGUCCGUUUGUGUUUGUGUGUGUAUCUAUAUAUAGUCAGUGUGUAUCUGUAUGUGUCCAUGUAUGUAUAUCUGCAUGUGUGUCAGGUUGUGUAUCUGUGUAUCUGUGUGUCUGUAUGUGUGUCAGUGUGUGUGUCGGUUUAUCUAUAUGUAGUCAGUGUGUGUACCUUUGUAUCAGCAUGUAUCAGUGUUUGUAUCUGUGUAUCUGCAUGUUUGUCAGGUUGUGUAUCUGUGUUUGUGUCUAUCUGUGUGUCAGUGUUCUAUAUGUAGUCUGUGUGUAUCUGUAUGUUCUUGUGUGUAUCUAUAUGCAGUCAGUGUGUAUCUGCAUGUGUGUCAGGUUUUUUAUUUGUGUGUAUCUAUAUGUAGUCAGGGGGCCCAAGUUAAUGCUUGCCCAGGGUCCAAUCAGAAUUAAAGACGGCCCUGCUCCCCGGGUCCUAUCCUGCCUCCCUUUCUGCCUGUGGCCCGGCCCAUGGAGGCACAUAGCGCGGGCCAUGGGGAUUAGGGUGUGCCCAGGCACACCCAGCAUGUCCAGUGCGCACGCCAAUGUUGAGCAGAGAGAUUGCAGGUGCAUGAUCUAUACACUAAAACUGCUUUAUUAAGCUUGGGUAUAUUAACCCCUUAAGGACUGAGGCAAUUGUAGUUCAGAUCAAAACAAAACGUAAACAAAACUUUCCAUUUACGCUAUAUGUCUGUUCAACCAUAAUUCACCUCUUUCAUAUUAAAUGCACCCACACUUAUUAUAUGUAAUUUUGUUCAGAAGAAACAGGGCUUUAAUUUCAUAUCAAAUAUUCAUAUAUGAAACAUAAUUUAAUAUGAGGGUGUGUGAGGGAGCUGUAUGUGUAAGGGUGCUGUGUGUGAGGGUGCUGUGUGUAUGUGUAAGGGUGCUGUGUGGGGGGGUUCUGUUAGUGUGUGUGUGCUGUGUGUGUAAGGGUGCUGUGUGUGAGGGUGCUGUUAGUGUGUGUGUGUGUGUGUGUGUGACGGUGCUGUUAGUGUGUGUGCUGCAUCUGUGUAUGUGUAAGGGUGCUGUAUGUGUGAGGGUGCUGUUAGUGUGAGGGGGCUGUUAGUGUGUGCUGUGUGCAUGUGUAAGGGUGCUCUAUGUGUGUGGGCGAUGCAUGUGUGAGGGUGCUGUAUGUGUGUGGGUCCUGUGUGUGAGAGGGUGCUGUGUGUGGGGGGUGCGGUUAGUGUGUGUGUGUAAGGGUGCUGUGUGUGGGGGGUGCUGUUAGUGUGUGUGUGCGUGUGUGUGAGGGUGCUGUUAGUGUGUGUGUUUGUAAGGGUGCUGUUUGUGUGAGGGUGCUGUAUGUGUGUGGGUGCUGUGUGUGUGAGGGUGCUGUUUGUGUGUAUUUGUUUGGAAGGACGGUGGGGGUGAGGGGACCGUUUAGGAAAUAGCACUCCCUCCCUUCUUACCUUUUGUAGGGAGGGGGGACCAUGCUGCUGCAAUCCCUGAUGGUCCAGUUGUGAGUGAACUCUAGCGUACGGGGCUAGAGUUCACUCUUGCGAGAUGUGAGCGUUGCCAUGGCAAUGCUCCAUCCUCGUGAGAGGAACCCGGCGGAGCUGCUGGCUAGAGCUCCCCGGGUCCUCUCCUGCCUUCCUCCCUGCCUGUGGGCCGCGGGGAUUAGCGUGUGCCCAGGCACAACCAGUGCGCACACCUUUGUUGAGCAGUGAGAUUGCAGGUGCAUGAUCUAUACACUAAAACUGCUUCAUUAAGCUUGGGUAUAUUAACCCCUUAAGGACUGAGGCAAUUGUACAAGUUCAGAUCAAAACAAAACAUAAACAAAACUUGCAUUUACGCUAUAUGUCUGUUCAACCAUAAGUCACCUCUUUCAUAUUAAAUGCACCUACACUUAUUAUAUGUAAUUUUGUUCAGAAGAAACAGGGCUUUCAUUUCAUAUAAAAUAUUCAUAUAUGAAACAUAAUUUAAUAUGAAUAAAAUCUAAAAAAAAUUGAGAAAUUAAGAAAAACAUUUUUUUUAGUUCUGCAUGGCAUUUUAACUGUGAAUGUUGCAAUACUGUUAUCUGUUACUGCAAUAAAGUACACAUAUUUGCAUUCAGCGAUGUCUCACAAGUAAAACAGUAACCCCCAUGUAUAGGUUUUAUGGUGUUUUGGAAAGUUACAGGGUCAAAUAUAGCACGUCACAUUUUUCAUAAUAUAGACAUUGAAAUUAGCCAGACUGGUUAUGUUGCCUUUGAGACUAAAUGGUAGCCCAGGAAUGAGAAUUAUCCCCAUGAUAGCAUACCAUUUGCAAAAGUAGACAACCCAAGGUAUUACAAAUUGGGUAUGUGCAGUCUUUUUUAGUAGCCACUUGCCAAAGUUAGCAUUCAUAUUUGUUUGUGUGUGAAAAAUGCAAAAAGCUAAUUUGAAUGCAAAUUACUGAGAUUUAGGUUUGUCUGAAGUCUCUAACAGGAAUAAAAACACAGUUAUGGAAUUUCGCAAAUCCUAAAACCCACUAUCCACACCCAACCUUGUUAACUACCAUCUCAGUGCUGAAUCCCAGAGUUGUAUGCAAGGGUGUGUGUGCAGAAAAUAACGGUUCAGGAUCCUCCUCUGCCUAAACUAUGGGGUGUAGGGUAAAAAUAUAUGUGCUGGCCUAAGACAGCCUCAGGAACCAUAGCUAAUCAGUUGCAAGUCCAGGGAAUAACCCAUUCUAACCAGCUAGGAAAUUGAAGCAGGUGUAGGGGAAGCCGUAGCACCACCUUUCCAUUACUUUAAACUCAUUCCACCCACAUGAGGUGAGGGGAAUAAAGGGCAUGCUUGACAACCAGAGAUGGUAUUUCUAUGUUUCGAAUGAAGUAGAACUUUAUUCUUCACGUUCGAUGUCCUCAUGCAUUGCAUGAGCACAUCGAACAUUCACUUAGUACAAUGCAGCAGUUCCAAUGUUAGAGCAUCUGUGUUGUACUACAAAGUUCAAUUGGAGUGCUCUGAGCUGUGUUGCUUCUAAAGCUUCUCAUAGAGAAGCACACAAUUCAUUGCAUCUCCAUGAGAAGCAUUUGAUUGGAGAGAAGUCAUCAAGCGUGAUGACCAUAGAGGUGGUGUAUUGGCUUGCUCAAAGGACUGUGUCUUGGAGCUGGAAUAAAGGUAAGUAAAUGCUUAUUUCCUUUGGUAUAUCAAAUGGAAAAGCCCUAAAGUCAAGAAUGUUUUAUCAAGCAUGUUAAAGGACCACUAAAGGUAAACAUUGCUGUUUAGCGAUAUGGCAAUAUUUUCAUUGUAUGGCUAAAAACACCUCAAGUAGCUGUCUUCCUGGAGUGCUUCUUUCAUAAAUUUUGCUUAAAAAAAACCUUCACUUUAAUAUUAACAAUUUUUCUGAUUUUAACUAUCUCACGAUUUUGUUUCCCUACUUUUCUCUUAGUUGGAGAACCGGUGACUGUUCCCCAGAUAAAGGACCCUAGUGCAGAGACUGUAGAUCUAUACCAUGAAUUGUACAAACAUUCUCUCCUCAAACUAUUCCAUGAACACAAGACAAAAUAUGGACUGGCAGAGGGCACUGAGCUACGAAUUUUGUGAAAAUGUGUUGAGAUGCUCACGGAAAGAGAAAAUGCAGAACAUCGAAAGGCCUGGUACCUGGCCUGGUACACACACUCACUAACAGACACCAAACAGACGCACACAAACUAACACACUCAGUAACAUACACUAACACACACACACACACUGUUGGAUUGAGAAUAAUUGUGAAAAUUAUUGGAACACAAUGACAGCUUCAGAGGACUGAUUGAUCAUACAUAACAUUCCUGGGAUGCUGAUAUUUUCAUUGAUGAUCUCUACAUUACAGGGAGUGCAGAAUUAUUAGGCAAGUUGUAUUUUUGAGGAUUAAUUUUAUUAUUGAACAACAACCAUGUUCUCAAUGAACCCAAAAAACUCAUUAAUAUCAAAGCUGAAUAUUUUUGGAAGUAGUUUUUAGUUUGUUUUUAGUUAUAGCUAUGUUAGGGGGAUAUCUGUGUGUGCAGGUGACUAUUACUGUGCAUAAUUAUUAGGCAACUUAACAAAAAACAAAUAUAUACCCAUUUCAAUUAUUUAUUAUUACCAGUGAAACCAAUAUAACAUCUCAACAUUCACAAAUAUACAUUUCUGACAUUCAAAAACAAAACAAAAACAAAUCAGUGACCAAUAUAGCCACCUUUCUUUGCAAGGACACUCAAAAGCCUGCCAUCCAUGGAUUCUGUCAGUGUUUUGAUCUGUUCACCAUCAACAUUGCGUGCAGCAGCAACCACAGCCUCCCAGACACUGUUCAGAGAGAUGUACUGUUUUCCCUCCUUGUAAAUCUCACAUUUGAUGAUGGACCACAGGUUCUCAAUGGGGUUCAGAUCAGGUGAACAAGGAGG